AUAUGAUAUCUAUGCCCGCACCACCGUGGCCUCUGAAAACUGCCUAUAAGUAUGCAAUGUCUACCACAUUUAUACAUCUUACUCUGAUUCUGAUGGACCGUACUCUUACUUACUGAAAAGGUCUUCUGAUUCAGGCUGGUAAACUAAGUCCCAACGUGUUAUUUUCGUGUAUUUACGACGAUAUUUCUGAGCUGUAUAACUGUGGUCGCGCAACCUACCUUUCACUUCCUAUGUUUGAGAUCACAGUUUUUCAUUGGCUGUUCUUACGUCAGUGGGACAGCUCAUUGGUCCAAUAAUGCAAACAUAAUUCACGCGAUAUUAUGCUUAAAUUUGGCUUAAAACUGGCAUCUGUCAAACUAUAAAAUGUCAUUGAAGGUCCCUGUUAAAAAGACAACUAGUUGUUUUUUUUAAUUGAAAGUUUAAAAAAAAAUUAAAGCCGAUUCAAGAAGGUUAGGCUGUCAUUAAGGUUAGGAGCCGCUGUAGUAGGAGAUUUAUCCCAGUUAGCAUGUUAGCUCGCUGCUCUUCAGACCUUCAUGCUAACAGCGGUGAGUGUCAUUUUCUUUCAUACAUGUGCUAAAAUCAAACCCAUAAUGGAUCACCAAGCAUGACAGAAAUGUCUGUGAUUUAACUUAGAAGCGUUUUUAACUAAGAAAGCCUGUCAAUGAGACUUAAAGGGUACUUAAACUGACGGGAUGUCGAAGGAGGUCUGGCGCUUUUCAGACUUGAAUAUCAGUGUUUUGCUUUCAUUUCAGAAUUCAUCUCUUAUUUCCUGUGUGACAACCCCGUUAAAGCUGAUAGCUGUUUGUCCUUACGUGGCUUUACAAACAGAGAAUAUUUUACCCUUUUUGAGACCUCGACGCUACUCUUAACUUUAAACACCAGAAUCAUCAAACCUCAGCUGUAUACCUGCAGCAAAUUCACAUCUGUAAAGUCAUGUGUAGAGGAUGAGAGCUACUUAAAAACUUUAAUGUCCUGCAAAUCCCCCCCACCCCCACAGAAUGUUAUUUAUAAAGUGAAAUUCCAUAUCUUUGAUUCAAUAUAAACAAAGUGAAGGAUUACAAGACUUGAUGGUUUUGACCUACAGUUCAUAACAAUCGAAAAUCCCUAAAAAGAGUGCAUAUAUGAGCCAAAUACGUGCAUUUUCAAGGAGGAAAGUAUUAAUUCAGUCCAAAAGACUGGACACAGUCCUGCACCAUUGAGUCUUCAAAUAUCUUUUUAAAUUGGCCUGGACGUCUGUGGGGAGGCCUCCACUUCACGUUCAAUCAUUCCUGCAGUGUUUGUGAACCUGUACUCAUCUUCCCCUGUGCUUGCAGGCAGUUGGUGAAAACCUAAUCCAAAGAGCAAGCCUUGCAUUUGUUUACCUGCCUCUCAAGUAAGAGGUAAGCAGGGGGCAGGGCCACCUGACAGGUAGGCGGGAUGCCUGUGGAGGGAGGAAGCAGCAGCGGCUCUGCCUCUGCCGUUCGUCACCCGAAGCAGAAGCGUAAAGCUCACAGUUUGUCUAUCCGACGCACAAACAGCACAGAAGAGAGGACGCCAGGCAUCACGAGAGGAGACAUGCUGGAGGGACAGGUGAGAGAGACACAUGCUUUCACUCUCUGUCACACACAGUUACACAUUUACAGCUUCAGAAAAGAUUCUCAGUGGACAUGCAGCUGAGAAGGCAGCACAUCCUAUAGAAACAAUUUGCUUAAAAAAAAAAGGAAAAAAUAUUUUUUGGACAGUUUGAUUGUUGUUGUUGUGGAGCCAUUGUUUUUUUCAGUGACAGUGACAGAGUACAGUACCAGCCGGUUUGGCAGCAUUACUUGACUUAAUUCAUUGUGUUACAAAAUCCACAGCUCCGUGCUAAGCUGUGUUUCUGUGAUGUGGCUUCAACCCUUGAGGAAAUAUUGGUGUUUUGUUUAGACUUCUGCUAGACAGUUCUCUGGAGAAAACUUGUAUUUGUUUGAACAUCACCUAUACUUUAAAUAUUCCAAAUAGAGGCUGAUUAAAACAGAAUUCUCUAUGCUGUUUCAGAGGAGAAAACCUCUGAAUACACGCUGAUUCUCUGGCUUUUGGCUUGGCAACAGAGUUACCUGUUAUCCUUUGGUUUAUUUACUUUGGUCUGAAUGUUUUAUUGUGUUGUAAUUCUUGAUUGUCCUGCACUUUUGUUGCUCUUAAAUUGCUUUGUGAAGAAAUCAGGAUUGGGAUAUCGAAAAAAAAGCAUUUUGAAAGUGAUCAUAGGGAUUUUGUAUCUAUUUCAUACUGAGAAAACUCCUUAAUGGUUAUCAGUAAGUUUUUUCCUCAGAGGAAAAUUUCGUUAAAGAAAAUUUAACAUUAUUCUUCUCUGUCAAACACUUGAGCUCAGCCUCAACAGUCUGCUUCAUUUGCUGCAAACAGUGAUGUCAAACUAAUAACAAAGUUUAAUAAUUCAUUUGCUGUGUUAAAAAGUUUUCCUACCAGGACAUAUCUUAAAAGUUUAUUGCAUAAGCACAGACAGAGUUAUACAGCAGUAACAGGUCAAUGUUUGCAGACACUUACAGUUAACAUGUCGAUUAGUCUGAGCCUACUCUCAGUGGGGUUGUCCAUGUUAGUGACUGAUUUCUCUCGGUCAAAACAGGAAUCCACUGUUUCUAACUUUUAAAGUCUACUGGAGCCAUCAGGUAAGUGAUUAACUCAUCUGUUCUAUUAAAAUGGAGCUUUGAUUGAUUUGUUACCUGCAGACACUGAGCCUUUAUAUGAGCAGACAUCCAGUGCUCAGCUGAUAAAAGCUGUUUGUAUUAGAUCAAGAACAUCCGGGUUGUUUACUUGUUAUCUGGGAGUCGGCUGCAAAGGGAUAUUUAUGAGAGUUGGCUUUAAAUGAGCUAGCUUUACAAAGCGCUGUGUCUCCUGAAUGGGUUUGAAUGGGAUGUGUGCAUUUAUUUGACUUAAUGAUUUUAACGUCAUCACCCUCACUAGCAGGCAUCAUAAUCACUUGUCGGAUUAAUAAAAUGAAAAUGUUAUUGUAGACCUGAAUAGCUGGGUUGUGUCGAAGCUGCAGUGCAGCCAUCUGGCACUAGCUGGAUGUAAUGCUGGUUAAUGGCGACUAAAAAAUUGCUGUAUUUACUAUUACUCGGAUGAAAACAGGCAUGGAUGACGGAUGGUAUUUGGUAGCAUGGCGUGGUUUGGCAGCAUUUUGAUCUAGAAAAUGAAGAUCCAGUUUUAUUUGGGCUGUUUCUGGUUAAAAUGCGAUAAAACCAUGCAGUCAGAUCAAUGUAUAACCAGCACAGGCACCUCAAGAGGCCCUCAGGGUGGUGGUGCUAGACUGCUGGUGUUAGCCACUCUUAGUUUCGGUAAUUUUUCUGCAGAUUCUGAACACUGUUUUUGUUUUUUUCUUACAUCUGAAUUGAUGUUUAAAUGUCUAAGAAAUCACUUUAAAGCUGUUUGAAUCCAACUAUUCAGUCCAAAAUGCUGUCAUGAAUUUGUUGGUAUUUUCCUGCUGUUGUUCCCACUAUGACCACCCUCAAGCCUUCACUUUCCCUGCUGGUGAAUUAUUUGCCUCUCAACCCAGAGCUCAGCUUGCAGUGGCCUGUAGUCUCAUCAAGUUUUAAUAUGUGCCGCUUGUCCAGGUCUAAUGAGUCUUUUCAUCAGGUCUUUUUGUUUUUUGCCAAAACGCCUGCUCUGUUUGUGUACCCUGCAGCCCACACAACUCCAUAAACCUACAUAUAACACACACAGACUGCUUUUUGCUCUGCUGCUCAAUGCUGUCAUUAUUAGCUGCAGCAUGCAGCAGGUUUUAGUACCUCAUCUAAGCAGCUUUGAAUUUAUGAAGACCGCCUGUUGUGUGCUAAUUUACAAGGUGUGUUGACAAAAUGGUUAGGCGGUAGACGUCACUGUGACAAACUUUUGGUUUUGUACAUGUGCCAGAAGGAAGAGUGACGGCUGAGUGUUUGGCUGCCUCAUGUUUCAUGUUGCUCCAGACAUUAGAAGCAGCUCUUAAGAGACGAGCUGUCAAAUGCAGCCUGUUGAAUCCUUAGUGUUCAGAGAAGCUUUUGAACCUUUCUCUCUGCAUGAUAGUCUGGUGUAAACUGGUGGUCAGACAUCUACAGGGUGAGUGUGGGAGUUAAUGAUGGAGGUAAGUCAGAGGUGAUGUUUUUGUUGUUUGUAUACAGUUGUGAGUGAAAGUCAGGGCACCCCUUCAAAAAAAGCAUAGUUUAUUUAUUAAAAAAUUAACCUUGAUAUUUAUAGCCUCUCUGGUAAAUAGGAAAAAAAGACAAUAUUAUCAGAAAUCCUUAAUGCACAGUAACUUUUUAUUUUGUAAAAAGUACAAAAUUACAAAAAUAAAAAUCAUCUUUUUGGCAUGUGCAAAUGUCAGGGCACCCUGAGAGCUUUAAAGUGUCUGGUCUUUAAAGAUUCUUUUUAGGCCCCAACUACACGAAUGCGGAUAUAUUUCAAACCGCACAUAUUUAUGUCCAAUUAGGCCUCCCUACCACACCAAAAUGGAAGUUUGGAACACUCAAACCGGAUAAAUCUGAAUCCGAAAAAACAAGUGGAGAAAUAAAAAAAUAUCUGUAUAAGUGGAUUUGUGUGGUUGAACUUUUACGGAUCGAUGACAUCAAACCGCAGCUCGCGCAUGCGAAUUAAAAAGAAAAAUAACAACAACGAUGGCGGACAGGGCAUUCUUUACGUUUGUUUUGCCCUUUUUGGGGCUAAUUUCAGCCUUGCGAGUGAACCUUGUUUUAUACAAUUACAUCCACCAGUCAGCCAGCUCACACAGGUGUCUGCUGCGCCCAAUACUUUUAUUGGUCACAUGGUCCAUCACAUGGACCCGACGCACUAGCGUAGCUUCCGCAAACAAUGCAUGACGCAUCACGCUGUUAUGAUUCAUCGGCCAAUCAGGUAGCUUUGUCCCUGAUUUUUUUAAGCGGCACCAGAUAGGAUUGAGUUUCAAGGCUACGUGUGGACGCAGAUAUUUUUGAGAACCAACACGUGUGGACAGAUACAUUUAUUUAGACGGGAGUACAAAAAUAUCCUGAUAAAUAAAUAUGUAUAUACGUGUAGUCCGGGCCUUAGAAGCUCAGAUUUUCACCAGCUUGUUAGUCCUGAAGCAGGUGUCAACAAUUCUCAUCAGGGAGCGCCAGGUGGUGCCAAUUUAAAGGGUUUCAACUCCACAAACCUUUGCAUUCAUCCAGCAACCAUGGGUUCCUCUAAGAAGCUGUGUAAGACAGAAAAAAUAAAAGUUAUUGAUGCCCACAAUGCAGGGGAGAUUCUACAAGAAGAGAGCAAAGCGUUUCCAGCUUGCAGUUUCCACAGUGCGAGGUAUAAUUAAGAGAUGGCAGGUGAGGGGAACUGUGGAGGUCAAGAUGAGAUCUGGAAGAUCAAGUAAAAUCUCAGAGAGAACAGCUCGUUUGCUGGUCAGGAAAGUAAAUCAAAACCCACAUUUGAGUGGGGGGCAAGUCAGGUUUCUCAGCAGCAGGACUCUUCUCCUACAGAGCCAUGCUGUUGUAAUCCCUGUUAUCAAAAUGUGGUUUGUCAUGGUCUUGCUGAAAUAUGAAGAAUAUGCAGAUGUUGCUCCUAAACCUGUAGGUAUUGUUCAGCAUUAAUGGAGCCUUUGCAGAUGUGGAAGAUAACCAUUACAUGGACUCUGAUGAUCCCCAUACUAUCAGGGAUGCUGGAUUUCGACUGGGAGCUCAUGACAAGCCAGGCCCUCUCCUUUUAGAGUGGACACACUGCACCCAUGUUUUCCAAAGAGACUUCAGACCACAGGACAGUUUCCCACUUCCCCUCAAGCCUAUUUUAGAAGUGCUCCGGCUCAGAGAGGUCACUGGCUCUUCUGGAUUCUGUUUUUAUCUGGUCUCCUCUUGGCAUGACUAUGAAGACUAACACAUUUAUGAACACUGAAUACACAACCCCUCAGUCAUGCAAAAAGACUUUCCCUUUACAUUAACUAAAGCUUCCAUGCUGAUGAUGAUGCCUCAAGCAAGAUAAAGAAGCUUCCUAUCAUGAAUGUUCCCCCAUCCUGUUGAGCAGCUUCAGCUGCUUUUGCUUCGACACCUUUUUACAGACCCCCUCUGGCAGCACUCACAGAUCUCUCCACAUAAACUUCUUACACAUACACACAGUCAGAGGAACUAAUUGCAGCAUUUUUACUGGUAAUCUUUGAAGCUUUAAUGCGAUCUUUGUCACAUGGUGUAUAUGAUUUUUAGCACAGUACAUGGAUUAUUAUUAUUUUAGUUGUAGAAAAACUGGACUUUAUGGUAACCACAGCUCAUUAGGAUUGUUUAAAACCCAGUUUGUGUAUUUUAUUAAACACAAAAGUCUCAGUGGUUUUUGACACUCACAAAACUCUGACUCACUGUGACACUUUGCUGUGGAAAGGUUGAAGUGAUUCUGCUCUGUUUUGCCAUAAAUGUCCUCAUCAGACAUUAACCAGAUGGCAGCAAUCACAGGCCCCAUAAAUAAAUGUAAAGCAAUAAUAAUUCUUGAUGGCCUGGUUUGCUUUUGUAGCUCAUACAGGCAUGCUGUUUAUUUAUAGUCUAUUAGAUAACCAGUUACAAACUCUUCACUGGAGCUGAAAUAGAUUUAAAACCACUAAAGGGAGCAGGAGAAUAACUGUCAAAAAUGAAGUGUAGAGAUGUUUUCUGACAAAGUUACCAACAGUAUCAUAAAUUUACUCUGUAUUCUUUUUUUUUUUGUCUCUCCAGGACUCCAAGCUGCCGCUUGCCUUACGCAGCAACCUCCUUGACCUUUUUGGACAGAUAGAGCGCGAGUUUGAAAACCUAUACAUUGAAAACCUUGAAUGUGAGUCACUGAUAGGAAAAGCACAUGCCUUGAUUGAUCUUGAGUUAUUGUUCCACUACCUUUGUUUGCUAACUAAAUUUCUAUCUCUGUUUUACACCUUAGUGCGUAGAGAAAUCGACUCUCUGAAUGAGCGUCUGACCGCAGAUGGACAGAUGAUUGAAGGAGGAGACCCGACAAAGGGAGCACUGAAGACAAAAGGUACACUGUUUCCUACCAGGGUUUUAGUAAAGAAAAAGUUCCUGCAGUGGGUGUUGAUGUUCACUGUGUCUUAUAAAUCAAGUGAGAAGCUGACUCAUUUUCUCAUAGACUUUAGUCCAGUCCAGCUCCUUUUAACAAACACUGACAGUCCAGUUAAAAGGUUUCUUUAUAUUGGUUGCACUAGAUUUAAAAGCAUGUAGCAGGGAAAUGUGACUUUAGGGUGGAAGUUUGGCCCAUUGUUUGAGGAAUAAAGUCCAUAAGUUUAAAACAUGCUGUAUAAAACAUUGGCAGCACAUGUAUUCCCUGCCAAUAAAAAACAAAAACUGGGCAACUCUAGAAACAGUGUCAUUACUUCGCAUAGCCCCUAACUUGGAAGGACUGUAAUAAAGAAUCUUGUGAUGUUUUUCCAACCCAACUCUUGCCAUGUGGUAAAACAGAUCAACAGAUUGAUCUCAUUGGGCUCUAUUUUCAUGCCCGCUGGUGACGCGGCGGACGGUGGCGGACCCUGCGCAGUGGAAUUUUCAUCUGGCAGAGCCUGGCGCACAGCCAGUUUGGUAUUUUCGUGGACUGAGGCGCGCCGUGGUCCGCCAAGCUGGGCGUGGAUGCUUGGUAGGGGGAGGUGUUGACAGAAUCAGCUGGCGCAGUGACAUUUUCCUGCUCGCCGGCGGCAUGAAAAGUGCGCUGAAAGCUUGCCGAUUCAAACCUGUUCAGGUUUCAGCGCAGGCGGAGUGCUGCUGGUCUAGAGGUAUUUUGGUAGACCGGCGGCAUAUUGUGCAUACAUCACCGAUGCCUCACAGGCAGGUUUCCACAGUGUCAGGCACAUUUCAAUGCAAUAAAUAAUCAACAACCAAUAUUGCAACUAUCUGAAUCAGCACAUACAUUUAGAUCUAUAGAUAUAUUCUGAUCUAUAUCUUAUCUGAUGAGCGCGUUUGGCACGGGUUUGGACACUCAACCUGAUCGAAUUAACACAGCUGAAACCACAUUAAAUUAAAUACACAGUAAACAGUCACACAUGAUGAAGUUAACAAGAUAUUUAAUUCGUCUCCCAACUGUACAGUUUAUAUACCCAUACAUACUUGGGUAUAUAAACUGUACAGUAAGCUGUUAAGGUAGAGAACAUUAUAUUUUCGGGGCAGCAAAUAUUCAAAAUCAGAGGCCUAUUGUUUUCGGCUUAUCUGAAUAGCCUGAAUGAAAUCAUUAAAGGCACACGCUUUUGAAUCUAUUCAACAGUAAGGCCUUGUUGUGUACUUUCAACCGCGCUCCCGUCAGGGGGUGCAUUCUACGGCAGGGGUGCAUUCUAUGGCACAAUACCAGACAUGUCUCUGUGUCCUCUCUCCGUCCUGCUGCUGCUGCGGUGGCACGGCUGACCAGAUGAUUUUUUUAGUAGUCAGAUGAAUUAUUUACUUCGAAAAUUUGAACAAAAAAAAAAAGAUAAUAAAAUAAAAGAAACUUUCACUCAAAAUUAGCUGUUUAUCUGAUUUUCUCACAUCAUUAAGAUUCUGUAAAUAUUCAAUCUGGAGUUAGGCCCACAUACGAAUAUUCAGUUUUGUGAGCCAAAUUUAUUUUAUAUGCCAACAUCUAUAAUGAAAAGAGCCAGGCCAAAUAAAGACAAUCACAUCUGCUUGAUGUGAUUGUCUUUAUUUGUGGAAAAGGGUGUUUGUCUUACCAGUGGGUACAACCUCACAAGAGAGUGUGGAGGAUGCCCUCCGCAGCACUUACAGUGAGACUUGUUGAGGAGCUGCCUUCUGUCGCCAUCGUGUGGCAUUGCUGUCUUCAGCCAUCUCUUGAUCUCUUCGACUACUGCACGAAAAUUGUAAUAGGCCUCUCCGGUGGCGCACUUAAAGGCGAGAAGAGGAGCUGAUGUUAUUGGUCAAUACAGGUCUCGGCUGUGUUAAACCCACUCCACGCCUUCUUUCCUCUCUCCCUACGACUUACGCUGCUGGAAGGAGCUGAGUUAGGGAGGGGGGAUACUUACGCCGGGCUGCGCCACUCACCAAAAUACCAAAUUGUGCUUGGGAACGCCUUGUCGGCGUGGCGGACCUGACUUACGCGGCGCCUGCGGCACGUCGCCGGCGAGGCACGAAAAUAGAGCCCAUUGUGUUUGACAUAUUCUCCUCCAGCCUUUCUCAGAAAUGCUGUCACUGAAGUUAUCAGUGGAACUCUCUGUUGUCAUUAUUGAUCCUGGCUUUUGAUUGUCAAUUAGUGCUUAGGUUAGUGAUUUCCGACACAGCUGCAGUGUAAUGUUUAAAAUGUGGUAGUAGACAAAGUUACACAGAGCGGUGUUAUGAUGACAGUUUUAAUGCUAGAAAAUUCCCUCAGGGAAGUUUUGAAAGGGCCACGGGGGCCACUGCCACUGCGGGGUGUGUACAUCAUGAUAAGAUUCUUAAGAGAUUUCAGAUAAUUAAUACUAGUAGUAUUGUGAUAUUAUAUACAAAGAGCACAUCUACAACAAACAUUCCUAUAUUAAGUACACUAUUUAUUAAUACAACUGAAAUAACAGAGCCAGAAAAAAACUCCAAUAAUUGCUCAAUUUUUUGGCUUGUCCCAUUGACUUCAAUGCAACUUACAUCGCCAAAGAUUUAACGACAAUAGAGAAAAGUAGUAGCACACUGAUUUCGAUCAAACCACACAUUUUGACAUAUAAUUUGUUCUACAACUCUUCAAGCUGUAGGACUAGUAAUGAAUCAAAAUUUGUCCGGAGGAGGAAAAAGAAAAAAAAACACAGUAUAGCAAAUAGUGCCAAGGCGCAUUUGCCCUGUGACACUAAAUAGUACUUAUGAACAGAGGGAUGUGCAGACAUUUUCCCUGUUCUUAUCGUAAAAAUAAAAAAAGAUAAGAUAUUCCUCUAUUUGUCCCACAAGGGGAAAUUCCAAAAUUUACAGAAGCAAUAUAUAAAAGAUAAGAAAACUGAGGAGUUAAAAAGAUAUAAAAAAGAAGUUCACAACCAACUCCUUCAUCUUUCCAGUAUCGAUCUGGAGGUGGUUCCGCUGGCACCAGUCCACAAAGUCCCGGACAAGUUCGCUGUAUGCCCAGUUGUUUCCGUCAGUGAUGAAGCCGAUGAUAGCAGAGUUGUUAGAGAACUUCUGCAGAUGGCAGGUGGGUGACAGGUGGGAAAAGUCUGCAGUGUAGAGGGUGAAGAGGAUUGGUACAGCACCGUUCCCUGGGGGGCCCCUAUACUACAGAGGGCAGUCUCCGACACACGGUCCUCACAAACUGUGGGCGGUUGGUAAGGUAAUCCACAAUCCAGCAUGUGAGGUGUUGGUCCACUCUGGAGAGCUCCAGCUUGUCCCUCAGGAAGGCCGACCUGAUGGUGUUGAAAGCACUGCUAAAGUUCAGGAAAAGGACCCGACUAGAGCUCACAGGCGACUCCAGGUGAGACAGAGCUAGUUGAAGGAGGUAGAGGAUGGUGUCGUCCACUCUGAUGCCAGUCUGAUAUGUGAACUGCAGCAGGUCCAUGGAUGAGCUCACCAGGGGGUGCAGGUGGGCAAGGAACAAUUGCUCCAGGGCCUUCAUGAGGCGUAAUAUUAAGGCCAUCGUCUGAAGCAGCUAGGGUCCUUAGGUUGUGGAAUCUUUGGAACUGGUACCAUGCAGGAUGUCUUCCAGGGGCGUGGUACCCUUCCCAGUUUCAGGCUCAAGUUGAACAGAUGUCCAAUGAUCUCACUUAGCUGGUCUGAGUAGGACCUGAGCAGUCAGACUAAGGCCAUCUGGUCCCGCCGCCUUCAUGGUCUUGAUCCUCCUGAGCUGAUUUCUCACCUGGAGGGAUAUGAGGAACAGGCUGGAGCAGGGGGGCUUUGUGUCUGGGAAUGCAGAUGGGGAGCUGGGAGUAGCAGUGGGGGGUAAGGCUUGUGGUGGUGAGCUGAAUACUGCAGGGAGGGAGGUGAUGGGGGGGCUUGGGCAGAGCACUAGAGGAUCAAAAGAUAGGGGCUGAUGCAGGGGCUGCCACAGCUAAGAGAAAGGGCAGAUACAUUCUCAAACCCACAAAAGUAGGUGUUUUGUUCAUCUGCCCAAUUUUGGUCCCCAGCUGCCUGGGAGUUGGACUCCUGGUGGCCUGAGAUGGUUUUCAGGCCACUCCAGACUCCCCUGGCGUUGUUCUCAUUAAGCCGAUUCUCCAUCUUCUUUCUGUAGCUGUACUUCUCCUCCCUGAUUUUGCCUCUCAGCUCCCUCUGAGCAGUCUUCAGCUUCUCUUUGUUCCUUGACUUAAAGGCCCUCAUUUUCUCCUUUAAAAGAGCCUCAAUGUCGGGAGUAAUCCAGAGUUUGUUGUUUGAGAAGUGCCAUACAGUCCUGUUGGGUUUAUGUUGUCCAUGGCCUUUACUGCAGAGGUGAAAUCAGUUUGUUACUCGGGUGAAUUUCAAGCAUUGUUCUUUGUCUCUCUCUUUGCACAGCGAGCCACAGCACCAGUCAGCUGUCACAGAAACUGAAGACAACCUACAAAGCCUCCACCAGCAAGGUACCUAAAUCCUGGUAUUUUAGAGAAUCCUGAACCCUGUGAGGAACAAGAGGUUUGUUUUCAUUGUCAUUACUGAGGCUGUAAGAGAAAAGCGAGAGGUCAAAAUAUGGGAUCAUAAAAUGAUGGUAAGUCAAAUAAAUUGUAACCAAAAACCAUGCAUUUAUGUGUUCAGAUUUUUAGACUUAAACAGCUCCAGUUUCCAGACACUUGCCAUAUUACAUCUCCCUUCCUGUUGAAUCUUUUGUCGAUGUAGCGCUUGUACACUCUCCAUGGAAAAAUAGGUGGACCUCGCACCUUCAGUGUGGCCACAUGGGAAUUGUGGGGAGGAGAUUCAUGGGUAACUUCUCAAAUACUCUGUUUGUCUCUCAAGCAUCGUGGGAAAGUCUGUUUUUAACUUUCAAAGUCUGACCUUGACUCCUUAUCUUUUCUCUGCCGUGGGACAGAAAUCUUUUUAUAAGAUGCUUUGAAAGCAAAAAAAAAUUAUCAUAGAAUCUCACUCUUUAUGAUUAAUGUGACACCAACACAGAACAACUGUGGUGACCGUUUGUGUUCCUCGUCAUCAGCUGUAUCACAACAACAAAAGCCAAAAUGCAUAAACAAAUAACAGCAGUAAAAUCUGUAGAUUUUCAAAGCUGGAAUAUUAAGUUACUCAACCAACCACACAGUCCCAAACAUGAAGAUAGAUGAAGGUAGACGGACAGUGAGCUCCACCACAUCAUCCACAUUAUUUUCAGGCUCACAACACCUGACAGAGGCCCAACGUUAAGCGCCAGUGUCCCAAAACAAACCCCCCACAUGCCAGCUCCCUGAGACUGAGGCUGUUUCUCAGUUCAGGUUCUGCACACUUGAAGUGUGGUUUUCGAGGGUGCGUAACGUCCUCACGUGGCGCGAAGGGUGUCCCAUUUGGCUCGCAAUUCUGAGCGCACUUGCUGUCCCAAAACCACUCUGCCCCCGCCCCUUUUUCAAGCAUGUGUUUAUGCACACUUUGGGGCCCUGGAAACCCCAGAAUGCUUUGCGUGCUGCUGCACGGUUGCGCAUUUUGGGUAAGACAUCCAAACUGCUUGGAGGCGCAGUGCCUCUUCCAAAAAAAUAACGAAAUCCAAAAACACAUGACCGUCAGCUCAGGCUCCAUGAGCACAUGCUCACUUAACUCACUCAAAUCUGCAGCUGAAAAAACCAAACAUUAUACUCUUUUGAAAAGAACUGAUCUGUUCUGCUACCACAAUCAAAAACAUUAGACAUUAGAAAGCUGCCAAAACUACAACAGAGUAUCAGAGCCACAUCGAGAAUUUUUUUAAGACAGAGAUUAAAGUAGUCAAUUUACGAGAAUAAAGUCAUAAAGUAAAUACAGUCAUAAAGUUGCUUUUGUGGAGGGGUAAAUGGCUGGAACUGGUCAACUGCAGGGUUAUCAGUGGAUGCAUCAGCGGGCCAUUCAGAGGGCUUUUGUGUUUUUUUUAAGAAACAAUCCAAGCGAUAAUCAAUGUUUGAGAUCCUGAGGGAGUUGAGCUCUGACGAGCACCAUGUCUCUGACACCAGCAGUAACCUACACCUGUAGAGACACCAACGCCUUAUGGCCUAUGGAUUCAUAUCAUAAACUGAAGUCCAAUUCUAUUAACGGCUAUUUAUGGCUGCAUUGACAGAUUUAUCCUCUGCAUAUCCAUUUCUGCCUCUACAAAAGCAGCGAUUUCCUCCAAGUCCACAUGUUUUCUGUGGAAAAGAUGCAUAUCUCAUAUAUUCUUUUUAAAGUUUUGAUAUGUCACAGGAUGAAGUAUCUCCUUGUUUGUGAAACCUGUACUGACAGCACAGUUCCUUCAAAUGCUCCAUGGCCCUAAUUUGAACAGCUCUCCUCUGAAAUAACAGGUAACUUUAUGACUUUAUUCUUAUAAAUUAAUGACUUUAUUCUUGUAAUUUCACGACUUUUAUCUCAAAGUCUUUAAAAAAAAAAUCUUAAUGUGGCCCUCAUACUCUUGCGUACAAUACAUGCCAUCAUUGGAUGAAUUUUGUGGAAAUGAUUUGUAAAGUCCUUUCCUCUUUUUGGUUGUCACUUUGUUGAUUGUUGUCUAUAGUAACCCCUGUGUGCUUGUAAGUAUGUAUUGUUUUGUGUCUGUAUCUCUUGUUUUGUAUAUGAAUUGUAUGUAUUCAAGGUCACACAAUUAAAAAACAAAACAAAAAAACAACUGCUGCUGCGCUCCGCGGCUUCCCUUUAAGUCAGUUGUGACGUGUGCCUGAGGUUGGGGACAUUUGGCGGCUUAACCAGGAAGUCCUCCAGAGGGUAGACUGUCCCAUUUUCACAAAAGUCGAUCCACUUCGCACAGGGUACUUAAGUGUAAACAAAGGGCAGUGAGCUGUAUGCAGAUCCUGAAUUGAGACACAGCCUGAGACUGAAAAUAAGAAAUUCAAUCAAGCAGCUGCCUGCAUGCCCAUUCACCGCCAGACUACAAGUCCUCAAAGACCACCCAAACAAGCAGGGAUACAACUCUGUACUUGGAGUUGCAGAGUCAAAAUACCAUCUUCUUAAUUUUGACUUUAUGGAGAAAUUUUAAAGAUGCUCCCUUGCAUUGUUUUUUAAAUCUUUUUUAAACAUCACCCAUCUUCCAGUUAGCUACACUGAACACUUUUUCAUUUAAAGUUCAAUGUGUUUUGUACAUCUGUGCUAAAACAGGAUUUCAAUAACUACUGAAAAACUCUAUCUCUCUCCAACUACAUCCCCUUUCAUAAAUAUUUUGACAGAAAUGUCAGAACCGUAUGUUAGCCUGUCAGAAGAAGGAUGGUUAAAAUUAAAAUUUGGCCUUGGAUGUUUUGACCUGCUUUCACCUCUUUUCCUACCACAUGUCAUUGCUGUGGUCCUGGUUCGUGCCCACUGGGUGUCCUUUUUAAAUAUAUGGCAUAAAGUGUUUUCCAUUUCGCUCAUAAAGCUGGUAGUCCCUCUAUUUUUUUUUACCAUAUUUCAAAAGGUAAUCAUCUGAAUGCAGGUUAAAGAGUGGGACAUAGUCCUCUGCUGAUAGGAGAGUUUAAAAGAGGAACAAGGGCGGACUUGUUAGAUUAACCUCCUGACAGAUGUAGCUGCUUUAAAACCAACAGCUAACCUGUAUAUAUGAUAAUACCUGUGAAUAAACCUGAAUAUCAGCUGUCUGAGAGGUAUUAGCCAAAGCUAACGACAUGCACUAACUCUAUUGUGUCUUCAUUUGACCCUGACUAGACUGGGCUGUUUUUUCUGUUAACCUCUGUUCAUUGUUUCUUAGUGGCAUGAAAAUAAGAGGACUGUACUGUGUUUUAACAUGAAUGUAAACCCAGCAGACUGAAUAAGAGCGUACAUUAACACAGUCUGAGCAGAUGCUUUGCUGCUGCGUCUAAUGGCUACUGAUGAUGUGAGCUUACUGCUGUGGUCAGCUGUCAGCCUACAGCAGCAUGCACAGUGCAGGUUAUGAUCUCUAUGUGACAACUGAAACUACAUCACUGCGCAACCUUUAAAUAGUUCAUCUGGAGGCACGUAGUGACUGAAGGACGUGUUCAACAGCAGCCGGUAUUUUUAGAGGUGUACCACUCGAAUAAUCCACACCUGACAAGAUGUUUAUUAAUACUAACUGUGUGAGAGACUCUCACAGUUAGUUUGAUGCAACUUGAGACUUGAAAGGUUAUGUGUGGGGAAAAAAAAAGGUUAAGAGCUUAAAAAAAAACCCUCUGUACUGAAGAACACUAUGCCAGUUUGUACCAUUUUGCUGUUUUCAGGGGGGAGAGGAGGGCUCAUACCUCCUGAGUAUUGAUGGAGUUUUGAAAGUACCAAAUACAUAAGUGAUAAGUCCCUGUUUUGGAAAUUUUUGUUAAUGGUUUGUAGAGAUUUACCAAUCUGCAGAUUAAAAAACUUAUGAGAUAUAACCAUAGCUGCACAACCCCAGUUCCGUAGGAGCAGGGAUGCUGUGUAAAAUGUUAAUAAAAGCAGAAUUGGAAGGUUUGCAAAUCAUUUCAUGCUAAAGUUAUGCUCACGAGAGCAGUUUCUGGUUAUUAUGUUAAACUGCACAUUAAAAGGAAUUGAGAUGAUAAACAAUACUGUGCUUGUAUAGCUAUAUUUGUUGUUCAGUAGUCUGUGUUGGAUGAUCUCAGUUUCAAACCCAGAGUGAAGAUGGUUCCUCUUUCUCUGAAAUAAAUCGUACAGAGGAAUAAAUUAAUCUACUCAUCUGUAAAAAGUACAAAAUAUUUCCCCCUCAGUUAUUGAUUUGGAAAUAAACCCUUUUUUUUUUUUUUUUUUUUUUUUUUUUGAAAGAUAUCAUGUUUUUGUCACAUUCAAACUUAUUUUCAGUCCCAGUUCAAAGACUGUAUGGUGCACCUGUGACAGUUUUAAUCUCCCUGAGCUUUUGGUUUUAGCUCCAUCAUGUUUGGUUUAACUUGGUGUGAAAUAAGAGGGAGCUCUGAUCAUCUUCAUCUUUUUUUCUCUGCUCAGAUUGUGUCCAGUUUUAAAGCUACCACAGGGUCCCGUGCUCUGUGUCAGCUGCUCAAAGAGUAUGUGGGUCACCGGGACGGAAUCUGGGACCUUGGUGUCACCCGCACUCAGCCGGUGGUCCUUGGCACUGCUUCAGCAGGUACACAAUGUUAAAAAAAAUUAAACUUAAUGGAGAUAGACUGAUGAAUUAGUCAGAUUUAUAGGGCUCCUAUUAUGGCAUUUUUCAUCAAGUUUAAAUCGGUCCCUGAGGUCCCACAAAAGUAAAUUUGAAGAUUGUUGUCUAAAACACCAGUUAAUUUGUGGAUAUCAGCCAGCCUGCACCCCCCUCUUUUUGAGCUCCACUGAGAACGGGCUGAUUCUGCGCCUGUACAUUUAAAUGAUAAUGAGCUGUGUGUAACCACACUCUUCCUCCCCAAGGCCACUCUGAGCUGCCGGCACCGCUGUGGUGGUCCAGGAGCGGUGGUCUGGAGAUCUUCUGAGUGCAUCUUCAGAGGACUUCCAGACCACUGCGGCUGUAAGCACCAGCCUGCCUCCGCGCCCCUGAGGAACACCCGCUGCUCACGGGAAUAAAAGUAAAUAGAAAUGAGUCCAAAGAUGAAUACUAAUGAUGGUAAACACACAUGACUGCAGCCAAAGCACUAGUCAUACAGGCGGUAGUAAAGCAACAUAAAAUGGUAAAACUUACAGCUUCCACGUUUGAAGUUGGGUCCCUGACAGGGACAGUCGUUACAGAUCCAGGUUUUAUCUUCAGCUUCUUAGCAAAUCCUGCUUUAUACUGCCGCUUGCUAGUAAAACAGACCGUGGUGAGAUGGUUAGCACACACAUACAAACAUUUUCAGAGUUGUUGUGGGUACAUCUCCAUAAAAAAUAAAAUUAAUCCACUGGGUCCUCAAAUCUUCCAACAAAGGAGGCAGAAAUAGACGCCUGUCUUCGUUUGUGCAGCCAAGAACCACGCAGCGGCUGGUUCAAGUUUUUAGAGGGUUAAGCCAACGAUUAUCGGGGGCAGAUCUUCAAAAGAUGCAGAUUUUUUUAUUUUAUUGAGAGAGAGAAAAAAAUCCUUAUUCACUUUUGUGUAUUGCCUUUUACACUACGUGGCAGUACCUGUGUCCAAACAGACUUGAAGCACUUGUUGCUCUUACUGGUCUUGCUUCCUCUUGUCUAGAUCUUUGCUUGUGUUCUUCUUGUUCUCAUAUGUACGUCAUAUAAGCGUCUGUUAAAUGAUAUUGUAACAUUGUAACUUUAUAAACAUUGCUAUAAGAUGUUAUAUGACUGCUUAUCAUCACUCAUAAGGGUUGGUAUAAAGCCUUAUAGAUGCAUUAAUAGAUGCAUUAAUAAGUAAAUAAGUCUUAGUAAAUGUACUUAUGUGUCCUCAUUAUGAAUCUCAUACAUGCUACUUUCAAUCUUUGCAUGAUUUCCUCAGUUUCCAUCAUCUUUUUCUACAUAAAAGAAGUAGAAGAUUUCUCCGCCCAAAAGACAGCUGAUCAAAUCUAAAAUAAUCACCAGCUAGUCGUAAAUAUAACUGUAGAACAAUGUAUUACACCUACUGACAUAUUGGUUAUGCUCUGAAAUCCACACCAUAAAUUGAAUGUGUAUUUUUCUAUGUCAAGAACAUGUUACAAGUUAAUCUGAAUUACAUUUUUGACUGAGAUCAUUUAUAUCAGAGGCUAAUGUGCAUGGAAGAAUGAAAUUAUUGAUAACUUGUUUCUCAUUAGUCAUUUUUGGUUUGUUUUAAUUUAUCAGAUUCAAAAGGCAAAAAAAUAAUGGGAUAUGGGCAUCAGCAAACCUGCUCUCUGAUUCAUUGGCCAUUUAAAGACUAGUAUUUGUGAACAGCGAAUACUGACUCAUCUGAAUUGUCCUUUUGUGGUGAAAUAGUGGUAUUGAAAAAAAGAUACUAUAUUUAUAUGCAAUAUUUUUGCAGCUAUUCUCUUACAUUGUUGUGUAAAAAGGGCUUUUGACUUUUGACCAAAUGCUGAUUGAGGACUAUUUGUAUUUAAAAAAGAUGCAAUGCUUUGCUUGAGACCACACUGUUAAAGCCACUAGUUGUUGAUGGAAAAGAAUAACUUUAAGUUAUCUCUAUCAAAAGAAAUCUGCUUAACAGUACUCUCUAAACUACAUUUUAGGAUCUCAUGUUGCUACAGUCACUGUAAUCCAUGAAUAACAAACAGUAGAAGUCUUAGCACUAUCUGCCACCCAGUAUCUACUGGUAAUACUUUCAGCCCCAAAAACUUUUACCACCGGAGUAAAUCAUCCUCAGACAAUAGCAAACCCUGGAAAAAUAAUCACACUGUCAUCCAACCUUGCUCUUUCUUCACAGAUCACUCAGCUCUGCUGUGGAGUAUAGAGACUGGAAAAUGUCUGCUGAAGUAUGCCGGCCAUGCAGGAUCAGGUAAUAACUCAAACAGACCCCAAAUAACUCAAAUUUGUUCGUCAGUUUCCUUGCUAUAAAAUAUUACAGCAACUACGCAGACAUUUCAGAUUUUACAAGAUGAGUCCCUGCGGCACUCAAACUUUAGUGUUAUUUAGAUUUCAUGCCAAAUGAUAAAAUGAUUUCACAUAUGCAGCAGGUUUAUGUGUGACCAUUAAUUAACUCCGUCUUAUAUUAAUAGCUGCAAUGAUAUCUGUUUUUAACUUGUGGUGGUUUUUCUUGAACAGUCAACUCCAUCAAGUUCCACCCCACAGAGCAGAUGGCUCUCACAGGUCAGACUUUAGACACCCUUCAGACUGUUUGACUACUUUUCUCUCCCUCUGUUGUCUCCAGCUGAUUAUUCCCCUGCACAUCUGUCUGUCAUAUUUUCUGCAGCCUCCGGGGACCAGACGGCUCACAUCUGGCGCUACAUGGUGCAGCUUCCUGCCCCCCAGCCACCACCAGAUAUCAGUGUGAGUACAUGUCCACUGUUUCCUCUCACUGUAACUUGUGCUUCAGUAAAUCUAGUAUCCAGCCAGUAAACCAAGUUGUGCCCCUGUAGGCUCCAUGUGAUGAAGACCAGGAUUCAUCGGACAGGGAGGAAGGUGAGGUGGAUGGCGAGGGCCCCAGUGAGGUCCCUACUGUCCGGGUCGCCACGGCAACCCUGAAGAGCCACCAGGGUGUUGUGAUUGCAGCUGAUUGGUUGGUGGGAGGUCGACAGGUGGUGACAGCGUCCUGGGAUCGAGCUGCAAACCUGUACGAGGUGGAGACAUCAGAACUGGUCCAUGCACUGACUGGUACGUAAACUAAUCAUUACUAGUCAACAUGCAUUUCCUGAUAAUUUCAAAUUAUGGGACAGCUUGUCCAUAUUCAAGACAUAUUUACCUGUUGGCUUUGGAGCGAUCAGUGCCAGAGCAGAAGAAAAGUGAUGUUUUCAAGACAUCCAAAAUAGCAUGUGAAACAGAGUCUGUUGGUGUGACAGUUCUUACCCUCAAAUUAAUACUACAUGUAAACUGCUGUAUGAUGGUAUCUUUGAAUGUGUUGAAAAAUGGAAAGGCUGCUCUAUGCACAUAAAGAUUGCACCAGUCAUAAGAUAUUAACAUCAUCAACCUUUACUGGAAAUUAUCUGCUGCGUUCACACAUAGGUCACUCCAAACUUUUGUUGAAAUUUACUAGCUGGCUGCCAAAAAAAGUUGGGAUAUAGUCAAGAUAAAAAUUGUGACCUUUGGCUUUGUUCAUAAUCAGCAUUAAUAGUUUUGCUCUUCUGAAUGGCAGACAUCAACUUUGUUCUUUAAGAAUUCAAAGUUCUCGCAUGAGAAACAGAGGCUUCCUUUUUUCAGCUUUCAGCUUUCCCGCUUUCUGCCUGACUCUUGUUGGGGUGCAACAGAUCACAGGUCUCAUAGCUGGAUCCAGAUUAUUGAUGUCAGUUCACAGUUUGGAUGAAAUUUCUUCUGAUUAUAUGGGCUGAGAUUUGUGCCACAAGAAGCUGAAAUUGAAUAAUUAUAUUAUUUUUGAAAAGCGUGAUUUAAAAUUGAAUGAUUGGAUGAUCAUAGUGAAAAACUUGAUUUAUGUUUCAGAAGAGGAACCUUCUCUGUCCCUGUUUUUUUUCUGCCAGGCCUACAGGAUAAGUUAAGACAAAGCUGUAAAUCAACAUGCAACUUCCAAAUGACUCUGUUAACAAACUGUAAACGUAUCUAUGAGGUCUCUGCAGUUUUGUGUGCAUGACAUGUAUCUAAUUGUAAUCAGUCUCUCAAUAUAUAUUUUUGAACAUUGUGUUUAUUGGAUUUUUCCAUAUUGCAGACAAGUAUUUGACACACAAGCCAUAUAUAUAUAUAUACAUAUAUAUAUAUAUAUAUAUAUAUAUAUAUAUAUAUAUGUAUAUAUAUAUUUGUAUAUAUAUAUAUAUUUAUAUUUGUAUAUAUAUAUAUUUAUGUAUUUAUAUUCCGGGGGGAUUCCCAGGUGCUCCCAGGCCAGGCGAGAGAUAAUAUCCCUCCAUCUGGUCCUGGGCCGGCCACAAGGUCUCCUCCCAGUGGGAUAUGUCUAGAACACCUCUAACGAGAGGCGUCCAGAAGGCAUCCUAACCAGAUGCCUGAGCCACCUCAGCUGACUCCUCUUGACGUGGGGGAGCAGUGGUUCUACUCUGAGCGCCUCCCGGGUGUCCGAGCUCCUUACCCUAUCUUUAAGGCUGAGCCCGGCCACCCUGUGAAGGAAACCCAUUUCGGCCGCUUGUAUCCGCGAUCUUGUUCCUUUGGUCAUUACCCAAAGUUCAUGGCCAUGGGUGAGAGUUGGCACGUAGAUUGACCGGUAAAUCGAGAGUCUCGCCUUACGGCUCAGCUCUUUCUUCACCACGACUGAUCGGUUAAGUGUCUGCAUCACUGCUGACGCUGCUCCGAUCCGCCUGUCAAUCUCCCGUUUCAUCCUACCCUCACUCGUGAACAAGAUCCCAAGAUACUUGAACUCCUCCACUUGAGGCAGGACCGCCCCUCCAACUUGGAGAAGGCAAUCUACCUUUUUACAACUGAGGACCAUGGCCUCGGACUUGGAGGUGCUUAGUCACAUCCCAGCCGCUUCAAAUUCGGCCGUGAACCGCCCCAGCAAGAGCUGAAGGUCAACACCCGACGAAGCUAGAAGAACCACAUCAUUCACAAAAAGCAGCGACGCGAUCCUCUGCCUGCCGAACUGGACACCCUCCACCCCCCGGCUGUGUCCAGAAAUUCUUUCCAUAAAGAUUAUGAACAGAAAUGGUGACAAAGGGCAGCCCUGGUGGAGUCCAACCCUUACUGGAAACGAGUCCGACUUACAGCCGGCUACACGGACCAAGCUUGUGCUCCUUUGGUAAAGGGAUUGGACGGCACUUAAUAAGGAACCCUCCACCCCGUACUCCCGGAGCACCCCCCACAGGAUUCCCCUAGGGCAGUGGUUCUCAAGUCCAGUCCUCGAGCCCCCCGUCCUGCAUGUUUUGGAUGUUUCCCUGCUCCAACACACCUGAUUCAAAUGAUCAGCUCGUUAUCAAGCUCUGUAAUGGCUGAAUAACGAGCUAAUUAUUUGAAUCAGGUGGGGGCUCAAGGACUGGACUUGAGAACCACUGCCCUAGGGACACGGUCGUAGGCCUUCUCCAAGUCCACAAAACACAUGUGGACUGGUUGGGCAAACUCCCAUCUCCCCUCAAGAACCCGAGCGAGGGCGAAGAGUUGAUCCGUAGUUCCGCAACCGGGACGAAACCCUUAUUGUUCCUCCUCGAUCUGAGGUUCAGCUAUCGAUUAGACCCUCUUUUCCAGCACCCUGGCGUAAGCUUUCCCAGGUAGGCUGAGGAGUGUGAUCCCUCUGUAGUUGGAACACGGCCUCUGGUCCCCUUUCUUAAAAAUAGGGACCACCAACCCGGUCUGCCACUCCAAAGGCACUGCCCCUGAUUUCCAUGCAAUGUCGUAGAGGGGUGUCAGCCAGGACAGCCCCACCACAUCCAGAGCCUUCAGAUACCCUGGGUGGAUCUCAUCCACUCCUGGAGCUCUGCUGCCACGGAGUUGUUUUACCACCUCGGCGACUUCUACCCCAGUGAUUGGACGGUCCACCUCCAGGUCCCCUGACUCUGUUUCUCCUUGGGAAUGCAUGACAGUAGGAUUGAGGAGCUCCUCAAAGUAUUUCUUCCACCGCCGGAGAAUUGCCCCAGGUGAUGUCAGCAGCUCCCCACCCCCAUCCAGAACGGUGUGGGCAAGUUGUUGUCUGCCGCCCCUGAGGCACCGGACAGUUUGCCAGUACCUUUUUUGAGCCGACCAAAAGUCUUCCUCAAUGGCCUCACCAAACUCCUCCCACGCCCGAGUUUUUGCCUCUGCAACUGCCCCAGCUGCGGACCGCCAACAGGUACUUUUCAGCUGAUUCUAGAGACCCAUAGGCAAACCGUGACCGGUAGGCCUUCUUCUUAAGCCUGACGGCUCCCCUCACCUCUGGUGUUCACCACCGAGUUCGGGGAUAAUCGCCACGACUGGCACCAGCGACCGCGGCCGCAGCUCGCAACAGCUGCUUCCACAAUGGCAGAGCAGGACAAAGCCCAUUUGGACUCAAUGUCCCCCUCUGCCCCCGGGACGCAGUUGAAGCUCUGUAGGAGGUGGGAGUUCAAAGCCAACCUGACGGGUUCUUCCACCAGGCAUUCCCAACAAACCCACACCAUACAUUUGGGCCUGCCAGGUCUGCAUGGUGGCUUCCCCCGCCACCUGACCAAACUCACCACCAGGUAGUGAUCAGUUGACAGCUCUGCACCUCUCUUCAGCCGAGUUUUCCAAACAUGCGGCUGCAGGUCAGCUGAUACGAAUACAAAAUCGAUCAUUGACCUACGGCCUAGGCCGUCAUGGUGCCAGGAGCACCGAUGAACAACCUUAUGCUCGAACAUGGUGUUAGUUAUGGACAAACUGUGACUUGCACAGAAGUCCAACAACUGAACACCACUCGAGUUCAGAUCGGGCACAUCCAGUCCAACAACUGAACACCACUCGAGUUCAGAUCGGGCAGACCGUUCCUCCUAAUCACGCCCCUCCAGGUCUUGCUGUCAUUGCCCACGUGAGCGUUGAAGUCUCCCAGCAGAACAAUGGAGUCACCAGAUGGGGCGCUGUCAAGCGUCCGUCCUAGGGUCUCCAAAAAGGGUGGGUACUCUGAACUAUUAUUCGGUGCAUACGCACAGACAACAGACCCGUUCCCCGACCCAGAGGCGCAGAGAGGCAACCCUUUCGUCCAGCCGAGAAAACCCCAGCGUCCCCGCAGCAAGUUUUGGGGCGAGCAAGAAUCCCACUCCUGCUCUCCAUUUUUCACCCUGAGCAACUCCAGCGUGGAAGAGUGUCCAACCCCUCUCAAGGACUUGGGUUCCAGGACCAACGCUAUGUGUAGAGGUGAGACCGACUAUAUCUAGUCGGUAGCGCUCAACCUCCCCCACAAGCUCCUGCUCCUUCCCCGCCAAAGAGGUGACGUUCCAUGUUCCAAGAGCCAGUUUCCACAACCGAGGAUCAGACCGCCAAGGCCCCCCCCUUGGUCCACCGCCCAAUCCGUCAAGCACUGGACCCUUCAAGUUCCUCCUGUGGGUGGUGGGUCCACAGGAGGCAGUGCCCAUGUGGCUCGUUUGGGCUGAGCCCGUCCGGGCCCCAUGGGUGCAGGCCCGGCCACCAGGCGCUCGCCAGCUAGCCCCAACCCCGGGCCUGGCUCCAGGGUGGGGCCCCGGUGUCCCUCCGGGCCGGGUACACUGUUUCCCUUUGUUGUUUCCGUAAGGGUCUUCUGAACCGUUCUUAGUCUGACCCUUCGCCCAGGACCAGUCUGCCUUGGGUGACCCUACCAGGGGCAAAAAGCCCGGGACAGCAUAGCCCCUAGAUUCAUUAGAGCACGCAAACUCCUCCACCACGGUAAGGUGAUGGUUCAUGGAGGAAAAUUUUUGUGAGAAAUGGACGAAGAACAUCAGCAUACCUCAUAUAGUACUUCACCAGAAAGCCAUCUACACCAGAUGUCUCCCCGUUUUUCAUACCUUUAAUUGCAGUUCUAACUUCUGCUUCCGUUGUGGGAGCAUCCAAACUAUCUUCUUCUUUUGGAGAAAGUUGUGGUUACUCUACCUUCUAGGAGAAAGAGUUCAAGUCUUCAUCACUGGCCGAACAUGAAAAGUUUUUGAAAACUUUACCAUUUUCUUAGAUGAUGUUAAUAGUUUAUCCUCUUUUCCAAUUGCUGUGUUAUUCUAAUCCAAGUGAUAUAAAUGCCUUGCUAAUUAUCAUCCUUUUUUUUCACCAUUUUCAUAAAAAUUUGUGUUGAGUCAAAAUAGUGGGUACUCUGCUAUUUUCUUAUACAUUUAUGCAACGAAAAUUUUAGUUUAAUGAUUUUUCUGAAACAUUCUUUGUUAUAUUGUUCAGCUAAGUGUUUCUUCAAUUUACCUAUUUCCUUUUCCAUAUUGUCCUUUUUCUUCCAUGUGCUAUAAGCUAUAGAUUUCCUCAUGAUAAAUGCCUUGAGAACAUCCCAAACAGUAGCUAAUCUUUCUGUUGUUCCUCUAUAGAUAUCUAAAAAAAUGUCCUCACCCAGUUUUGUGGCAAACUGUUCAUCCUGCAGUAAACUUGUAUUUAGUCUCCAUCUCCCAAGCUUGUCUUUUGUAGGACAUAUGUUUAUAUGUGAUUGGACCAGUGCAUGAUUGCUGUUAUUGCUAUAACUCCUGUAUCCCAGUCUGUUACCAGGUCCACAAGCGAGCCAGCAACCAAAAAAAUAUUUCGUUAAUAGAAUUUAUGAGAGUGUGAGUAAAAUGCGUUUUCUCGUUCCUUUGGAUUUAUUAGUCACUCCACUAUUUAAAUCUGGUGAUAAACAUUCAUUCACAAACUAUAGACUAGUUUCUUUAUUGUCAUAGUUCUCAAAAAUUCCAGAGAAACUCUUUAACAACAAACUGUUUGAAUUCAUAAAAAAAAUAACAUCUUAAUGGACAGUCAGUAUGGAUUCAGAUCAGCUUGAUCCACUUCCCUGGCUCUAAUGGAAUGAAUAGAGGAAAUGUAUACAAGCAUAGAGUCAAAAAAAUAUACAUUUGGAAUAUUUAUUGAUUUGAAGUAGGCUUUUUACACCAUUGAUCAUGCAAUAUUAAUUUACAGGAUGGAGAAGUAUGGCAUAAGGGGAGUGGCUGUGGACUGGCUGAAGAGCCACAUCAGCAACAGAGUUCAGUUUGUUCAGGUGGGCAAGGACAGGUCUAGGUGUUUAGACAUGACUUGUGGUGUCCCACAGGGGUUAGUACUGGGCCUUAGUUUAUUCAUUUUAUACAUCAAUGAUAUAUUUAAACUUUCUGGUCCUUUAAGUGUAUUGUGUUUGCUGAUGACGCGAAUAUUUUGUGCAUUAGUGAUAAUCCACAGCAGAUGGUAAAAAUGGUCCAGAAUAAAUUGAGUAAACUGAAAUGCUGGUUUGCCAGAAACAAUUGAUCACUUAAUGAAAGUAAAACAAAGUUCGUUAUUUGGAAAUGGAAAAUUUGAUAUGAACAUUGAGUUAUUAAUUCAUAAUGUAAUUGUUGAAAGGGUCUAUGAAAGUAAGUUUUUGGCUACUCUGAUUGGUCAUAAGCUCUGCUGGAAACCAUACAUAAAAUAUCUGUGUUCAAAAGUUUCAAGAAGUAUCGGAAUCAUCAGUAAAUGAAAGUAUUUAUUACCACAAAAAUCAUUACACACACUCUACUGCUCCAUGAUCCUGCCAUACCUCUCCGUCUGUGUUGAAGUCUAGAGAAACACAUACAAGGCCAAUCUACAAUAGAUAUGCACAUUGCAAAAAAGAGCUACCCGUAUCAUAAAUCACACUGGAUACAGAGAUCACACCAGCCCUCUGUUUCUGAAAUUACAACUGUUAAAAUUUUAUGACAUUGUCAAAUUGGAAACAGAUCAAGUGCUGUACAAAGCAACAGAAAAAAGUUACCUGGUAACCUACAAAAGGUUCAAAACGAGAGAGGGGGGCUAUAAUCUGGAUCGGGUGAACAUCAAUUUAUCUGUCUGAUUGUCCAUACAACUCUCAAAAGUAUAUGCAUUUUUGUUUCUGGUGGUAAACUCUGGAACAGCCUGGAUGUCACUUUAAAAAUGUCCAAUAACAUUGAAAUAUUUCAAUCUGGCUAUAGAGAAAUAUUAAAAGAUUUAUAUAAGUUGAUUCGAUGAAAGGACUAGAUGGUACAAUCCCCGGGACUAUGCAUGGCAGGGGCGUCCUCCUCCCUGAGCUAGGCUUGCACCUGACCGCAUACCUGAGUGGAAGAGGAGUUGAUGCUUUACAGCCAUACUUAUUCCCUGGGACACAUCAUCAGUUGUGUCCUCAGAUCAUGGGGCGUUUCGGCCAAUUAUCACAAGACGCCCUCAGCUGAGGUAGGCCCACCACAGGUUGAUCAGACCUGGGUGUGUGUCCCAGGGUUAAGCAUUUGGCUUAGCAGCCCAGAUGGUGUCGCUCCUCUUCAUCCACAGCCAAUGGCUCGUUCUCUCGGCAGUGUUGGCCAGCUCUUUGAUGGCCUGUCUGUGAGCUUGUCCCCUGAUUCCGACCUCCCUAAGGAGCUUCACUGUCGAGCUGGCCACAAAACCCCUACAACCCACCUCCACCGGGCGCACCCACGCCUUCCAGCCCCUGUCCUCUGCCUCAGCCGCUAGGUUGGAGUAGCGAAGUUUCUUGCGUUCAUACGCUUCUUCGACAGCAUCCUCCCAAGGAACUGUCAGCUGUAUGAUGUAGACGAGCUUGCAGGUGUUAGACCAUAGGACAAGGUCUGGACGUAGGGUGGUCGUUGCGAUCUCCGGGGGGAAAACGAGUCUCCGAUCCAAGUCAGCCUGCAUUUGCCAGUCUCUUGCUGCAUUCAGCGGGCCCAGGUCAGAGUGUGAAACCCUUGCUCUCUGCUUUUCCCCCUCCCAAACAAACAAUGGUGGGUGUUGCCGCACAUCCUGGUUGUUGGUGGGUAGGGCGUUGAUGGAAACCCUCUUGCACUCAAGUUUGUCAGCCAGACACCUGAGGACCUGGUUGUGUCUCCAUGUAUAUCUACCUUGAGUGAGGCUGGUUUUACAGCCCACCAUGAUGUGCUUAAGUGUUGCUGGGGUUGUACACAGGGGGCACGCUGGGUCCUUUCCAAACCAUUGUUGCAGGUUUAUGGGAGAUGGUAGCACAUCGUAUGUUGCUCGAACGAUGAAGCUCAACCGGUUGGAUUCCAUGCCCCAGAGUGCGCUCCAUGUGAGCUUCUUCUUUUCGACACCCUCCCACCUCAUCCAGCGGCCCUGUUUGGCUUGUGCUACUGCUUUGGAUCGUCUGGUUGCUUCCUCCUGUCGGCGCACCUCCUCUACGACCAUGGUUCGUCGCUCGGCGGUAGAUGCCUUUCGCCAGAGAGGAGUUACAGCUCCAAGGCCAAAACCUGCUCUGCCUUGCUGGACAUGGCCCACUACAUCACGGUGGAGGAGAGCAGAUUUGGCCUGUAGGACAGCUGUGGCUGGGGUCCACUUCCUCCCUGUUGCCAAGGUGGGAGGGGCACCUCUCACUACAGGGUCCCGGGAAUCAGUGAGGGACAUCUCCAGCCUCACCUUCGCACACUUGAACUCUUCAACCACGCUGGAGAUGGGCAGUGACAAGGCUCCGUCGCUGUAGAGUCCAACGCUGCUGAAGCACCUUGGGAGUCCGAGCCACUUCCUCACAUGGGAGUUCACCAGCCUUUCCAAGCGAUUAGCAUGGCGUAUAGAGACCUCAUACAUGGUCAGCGGCCAUUGAAGUCUUGGUAACAGCCCAAACUGGAGGCACCAGAGCUUCAGUUUCCCUGGUAGUGCAGUGUUGUUGAUCUGCCUAAGGCUGUUGGCUGUGUCCUGCCGCAGCUGUUCAAUUUGCUGGGUGUCUCUGAGGUCUGCAUUAUACCAUCGUCCAAGGCUCUUGAUGGGCUUCUCUAGGAGUGUUGGGAUUGGUUCACCGCUGUUGUGGAACCGCUCACCUGUCAGUUGGCCUUUGACGAUGGAAAUGCUGCGUGACUUGCUUGGUUUGAAGUCCAUUCGCGCCCACUGGAUGUUUUCCUGGAGUUUCUGCAGCAAGCGUCUCGUACAUGGUUUUGUUGUUGUUACGACGGUCAUAUCGUCCAUAUAGGCUCUAAUAGGCGGAAGACGCAGGCCACUCUUGGUCCUCUCACCUCCCACUACCCAGCGGGAUGCCCGUAUGACCAACUCCAUUGCCAUGACGAAUGCCAGGGGAGAAAUUGUGCAGCCCGCCAUGAUGCCGAUUUCCAGAUGCUGCCAGGCGGUGGUGUUGCCCUCAGAUGUUACACAGAACUGGAGAUCUUGGAAGUAGCUCUUGACCAAUUCUGUGAUGUGGCCUGGUACGCCAAAGAAGUUGAAGGCCGUCCACAAGGUCUUGUGAGGGACUGACCCAAAAGCGUUGGCGAGGUCUAGGAAGACCACAUGUAGAUCUCUCCGUUCCUUUUUUGCAGCUUGUAUCUGGUGCCAGAUCAUAUUGGCGUGCUCCAGACAUCCUGAGAAACCCUGAAUCCCGGCUUUCUGCACUGAUGUAUCAACAAAGUUGUUUCUUUGGAGGAAUGCAGAGAGCCUUUGGGCAACGACACUAAAGAAGAUCUUCCCCUCCACAUUCAGCAGGCUGAUCUGACGAAACUGGCCUAUGGAUGACGAGUCCUUCUCUUUGGGGAUCAGGAUGCCUCCUGCUCUUCGCCAUGCUCUCGGGAUCACACCUUUCUUCCAUGCUACCUUCAUCAGCUUCCACAGGUAUCUGAGGGCUCCUGGGGCGUUCUUGUACAGCCUAUAAGGGAUGCCAUUGGGCCCAGGUGCCGACGCCGAUCUUGCCUGCUUCACAGUCUUCUCCACCUCGCUCCAUGUGGGGGGUCUCAUGUCCAUUUGGUGUUCAGGUGCAUGAAUUGGUGGCAUGUCGUUUGGGAUAGUGACUGGCUCAUGCUUCCGAUCAUCAGAGUACGUCUUACUCAGGUGCUCUUCCAGAUCUUUUAUGGGCACCUUGAGGCUCCCGCUCUUCUCUUGCUCAAAGAGGCCUUUAACAAAACUGUAGGGAUUGCUAAAGAAGAGGGUUCUUGUACGUUCUUUCCUCUUGCGUUGUCGUCUGAGGUGUUCUGCUCUUCGCAACUUUGUUAGGCGAUGCUUUAUUUCAGCCUGCAGAACUUCAAUUCCCUCUCUUUCCAUCUCUGUAGCCUUUCUCCACAGCUUUCUCAACUGUCUUCUUUCUUUCACCAAGCUUUCAAUUUCACGCUGCCUCCUGGACUUGGACUGGUUUGGAUGGCCUUUCUGCUGCCUCUGUGCCUUGUGCUUUACCCCAAAUCGCUCGGCGCCAUAGCUGUAAAUGACGGCACCCAUAUUGUCCAGUUUUCUUUCAACAGGACCCUUCUGCUGUUCUAAAAGAAGGACCAGGUCUGAGUCAAUGGUCUCCCACUCUCUCUUCUGGUUGGAUUUGGGCCACAGGAUCAGAGGUUUCCUUCCUUCCAUCUUUCUCUCUGUUGCAGGCAGAGGCUGGCUGGGCUCAGUGUUGGAACCUGCUGCUGAUUGGUUGAGGUCCGGGCUGGAGACUUCUGCUGACUGGCUGGGCUCCGGGAUGGAGACUGCUGCUGGUUGGAUGGGUUCCGAGUUGGAGACUGCUGCUGGCUGACUGGGUUCCGAGCUGGAGACUACUGGUGGCUGGCUAGGCUCCAAGUUGGAGACUGUUGGAGGGUCUAUGCGACUCUGAGCUUCAUUUGAGGUGCUGAUACCCUGAGGACUGUGGGGGUUCUCCUGCCUCCGGGCUUCAUUCGACUGAUUUGAUCUAGUUCUUAAGAAGUACUAAUCAAUGCGGGACCCCUUGCUGAGCUCGAUGAGGCAUUUCUUUUUGCCUUGAUGGAUUUUUAGGCCCCUCGCUGUUGUUAUCUUUGACCAGCCACAGAUGCAGCGCUGCAGCAUUUGUCCUGUUGGUGAGUCAUUAGUUGCUGUGCUGGUUCCGUUCGUUGUCAGUUCCGUUCCGUUGUCUGUCACCGUGAGAUCCGUCCGUACUGGGUCAUCUUCCGCCCCCGCUCUCGCAGACCCUGGGGGUAUUUUCUUCCUUGACUUUUUCGUAGCAAUGAGGGGUGGAACCAGAAACACUAUGUAGCGCUGGGUCCUGCCGGUAUGGGUUGCUAACCCACACCAGCCCCGUUGGGGUCUAUUCCCUCCAGUCAGCAGUCUUUCCAGGCUGUCAUCUGGUCUUUCCCUGAUUGUCAGUUGCUCUUUCGCAGCGGUCACUGGAUCUUUUCCAGAAGUAAGAUUCGAUGAAAGGACUAGAUGGUACAAUCCCCGGGACUAUGCAUGGCAGGGGCGUCCUCCUCCCUGAGCUAGGCUUGCACCUGACCGCAUACCUGAGUGGAAGAGGAGUUGAUGCUUUACAGCCAUACUUAUUCCCUGGGACACAUCAUCAGUUGUGUCCUCAGAUCAUGGGGCGUUUCGGCCAAUUAUCACAAGACGCCCUCAGCUGAGGUAGGCCCACCACAGGUUGAUCAGACCUGGGUGUGUGUCCCAGGGGUAAGCAUUUGGCUUAGCAGCCCAGAUGGUGUCGCUCCUCUUCAUCCACAGCCAAUGGCUCGUUCUCUCGGCAGUGUUGGCCAGCUCUUUGAUGGCCUGUCUGUGAGCUUGUCCCCUGAUUCCGACCUCCCUAAGGAGCUUCACUGUCGAGCUGGCCACAAAACCCCUACAACCCACCUCCACCGGGCGCACCCACGCCUUCCAGCCCCUGUCCUCUGCCUCAGCCGCUAGGUUGGAGUAGCGAAGUUUCUUGCGUUCAUACGCUUCUUCGACAGCAUCCUCCCAAGGAACUGUCAGCUCUAUGAUGUAGACGAGCUUGCAGGUGUUAGACCAUAGGACAAGGUCUGGACGUAGGGUGGUCGUUGCGAUCUCCGGGGGGAAAACGAGUCUCCGAUCCAAGUCAGCCUGCAUUUGCCAGUCUCUGGCUGCAUUCAGCGGGCCCAGGUCAGAGUGUGAAACCCUUGCUCUCUGCUUUUCCCCCUCCCGAACAAACAAUGGUGGGUGUUGCCGCACAUCCUGGUUGUUGGUGGGUAGGGCGUUGAUGGAAACCCUCUUGCACUCAAGUUUGUCAGCCAGACACCUGAGGACCUGGUUGUGUCUCCAUGUAUAUCUACCUUGAGUGAGGCUGGUUUUACAGCCCACCAUGAUGUGCUUAAGUGUUGCUGGGGUUGUACACAGGGGGCACGCUGGGUCCUAACAAAACUAAACUAACAAAAAUAUGGUGUUUUACUUAAUAUACUUGAUUGCAUACAAUUAAUAUUAAUUCUGAAUAUAAUAACAUUAAUUAUCAUCAAAAUAUGCAAAUGAUCAUGUUAAGUAACAUAUGUAGUGUUGAGCAGAUAUCACGUAUAAUAUGUAGAUAUUUAUACAGAUCUUUGUAAUUUAUACUAUUACAUUUUUUUUUUUUAAAUUCAUCAUUGGCUCUGAUUUGCAAGGAACUGGCAGGACAGGAUAAGCUCCUUACCUCAUUCUGAUCCUUCUCAAACUGCUUGUUUUUGACAUACAUAUGUUGUGUAAAUUUAUCUUUGACAUGUACAGUUGUUUGGUGUGCAUAUGUAUCAUUUUGCUUGGCAUUUUUGUUUCUAGUUUUUUUUUUUUUUUUUUUUGUUUUUAUUCUUAAAGUUUGAGACAAAUAAAGAAGAAAGAAAGAAAGAUGAGUCUCCAAAUAUCUGUCAAACCCAGUCCAGUUCCUCCUGUAAAGUAUUCAUAGCUAUCUCUGGGGGAUGUGCCUGUUCCAAUUUUAUUGCAAUGCAAAUAAUCAUCAAAUACUUGAUUGAAGUCUCCACCCAAAAUAUUCUGACCAUCUGUAUCUCCCAGUAUUUGAUUGACCUCCUAAAAGAAAGAUGUGUUUUCUCUGUUUGGAGCAUGUAAAUUGCAAAGUACUACUUUAAUUCCAUUAAUUAGUGCUUCUACAACUAAAUUUCCUGAAUAUAUGCAAUAUCUGUAGCUGUAGAUUUGAGAUAAGUUGGUAUUUUUUAUAUUUGAUUGGUGUGCUACAGCCAUUGUUGAUAUUCCAUGUCAUUACACUGAUAUGUCCACUACUCAUUGUUUCUAAAGAGUAUAAUAUACUUUUGCCUCCUCUUAACCACAUCCAUGACACCCCUCCUCACCACUUCCACACACAUUAAUGCUUUGCUCCUGCCGUCCUAAAAGUAAAAACACCUCCAAAACCAGCCAAUAGAACUAAACCUGACAGAUAGUUCUCCUUUGUAUCAAUACUUCACCCUGAAGCUGACGAGUUUCCUCAUGGCCUGAGCUACAAUUUUAAAAAAAAACAACGUUCUGAUAGACUUUGGCUUGUUGUUUCCCUACUUUAGCAACAGUGUCUGAAUGAAAUGAGUUACUAUGACACUUAGUUUGUCGAGUCUCUCAUGUGUUUGCAGGUCAUGAUCAGGAGCUGACUCAUUGCUGCACACACCCCACCCAACGCCUGGUUGUCACAUCCUCCAGAGACACCACCUUCAGACUGUGGGACUUCAGAGAUCCGUCCAUCCACUCUGUCAACGUUUUCCAGGGACACACUGAGUAAGUUCCACAGCAUCCACACACACAUAUGCACACACACUGCACCUGAGGAAUCCCCCACACGUAAGCUUUCAUGAGUUAGAUGUAUGACUUAAUAUGUUGAUGCUGUCCUGGUUGUCUUUAAGCCACUUUGAUAUCAUCAGUAUCAUUUUUUCUGUUUUUAGAUGUAAUAUUUACCUAGGCUCCUGCAGUCUUCCUGUCAUCCACAGGGUGGUGCUGUAACACUUCCCUGCUCUGGGAAUCCCUCCUACUCUUGCUGCUGUAUUUCUUUUUACAGUGCCACAUUAAUCUACAGUCCUCUUUCUGCUCUAAGUCAAAUCCUCCACUUGCCUCUCAUUCAUUUCCAUCACUUCCACUCACUGUGACGCUUUGAUUCUUGUUCUCUCCCCUCUUUUCUUUCUCUCUCCCUCUCUCUAUCUCCUGUUCAUUUAUCUGACUGUUUCUGCGUUAAUCCUUCACUCUGCGUAAUUUGGCACUUCACUCGUUAACACUCAAUUGCAGCAGCUCAUUUUGAAAUGAUGCUUGCAGUGGCAGCACUCUUUAAAGGCAGAAGAAAUGAGUGUAUGUGUGUAUGUGCCUGUGCAUGUCCACAUGUCUGUGCUGGCUGGCAGCCUUUUUUUCUGAGAGUGGGGAUUACAUAGAGCUCAUUAUGUACGACCCCAAUGUGUAUAAUUCCUCCAGAUCCCACUCUAAUUCUCCUCCAUAGACAAUGGAUGUAAUGAGAUUAAGCUGCAAUGUUUCACUGUUAGCCCUCCUUCUUUUCUCCCCUCAGCUCCUUUCCUUUUUCCCCUCCCAAAAGGCCGUCAAUGGUCUAAGAAAUAUUAUAGCAGAAAUAUUUCAAGCAGUAAACAUACAGAGACAGUUUUUUCAGCUUAUAAACCAGAAAAUCUGAAUUUGCUGAUUUAAAAAUACAGAAACUGAACUCAGGGGUCUGGAUUUGAGCAAGAGAAAGUUUUGAUGUGUGCAGGAAAAAGGUGUCAAACUAUAACUGACAAGUCGAGACAGAAGUAAAUAAAGUAAAAAAAAAAAAAAGUCUGGUUUGAAUAGACAUUUAAUCAACAUCACAAUUGGAAGUUAAAAACUUUCACUUUGAACCAGCCAAUGACAUAACAGUGGUCAAAUACUGGUGCAUAUUAACAAAUUACAAAAAUCUAAAAAAAUAAAUAAAAAAGGUAAACUUUUGUGCAGUUUAUUUCAUAUUAGUAUGUUUUGGUUUUGAUAAUAAUGUAACACAGCUCAUAAAAGUCUGAGAUCAAGUACCUUAAAUUCUGAAAAUGUUUACUAAUCCAAAAAUUGACUCAUAAUACAAAGAAGUCUGACUUCUGAAAAGGAUAUCAACUUUUACUUUAAUUACUAGCCGCCAGUGAUUUACUGCAUCAAUGUGGCAUGUUUACGAUCAGUCUGAAGCUCUGCUGAGGUCUCAUUGAAGCCCAGCUUGUUUUCAUCGUGGCCUUCGGCUGGCCUGUACUCUUAGGUCAAGUGUCUUUCAUCUCCCUUUUGACAAAUAUCCCACAGUUUAUCUCCAGAGUUUAGGCCAGACCAGUUGGCUGUCCAAUCAAGCACAGUAACACCACAGUCAGUAAAUCAGUUCCUGGUAGUUUUGGGGCUGGAAGCAGAUACCAGGUCCUGCUGGAAAAUGAAAACCUUCUCAGCAGAAGAAUCAUGAAGGUCUUUAAAACCUCUUAGUAGACUUUAGGCUUUGCUGAUUACAUUAUUAAACACAGUAGAAAAACAGCAACGGAUAACAUUGACCCAUAUCGUCACAGAACUUUAUGCUGGACUUAAAGCACAUUGGAUUCUGGGCCUCUUUGAUCUUCCUCUAGACUCUUUAUUUGAAAAUGAGAUUAUAGGGCUGGGCGAUAUGGAAAAAAGUUUAUCACGAUAUCAGUCGAUAUCGAUAUAUUAUGAUAUAAAAAUGAAAUUUAACAGUGUUUAUUGGUAGCAUGUCUUUUGCAAUACAAUAAUCUACUGCAUCUGUGAGGUCUUUGUGUCUCUUCAACAUUUUGUCGUAAGGCAUUGCGCUAGGGAAUGAAUGUUUCAGCUGCACAGGCGCCAUGGGCUCCUUACUCUGCUCAGGGUUUGUAACCUUUUGCAUUGCACAUGCUUUGCCGUGUGGCGCUGCUUCAGGUGAUAAAAAAGAUUUGAGGUAUUCCUCGACGUUGUGAGAACGUGUACUCGACAUAAUUUACAGUACACAUUACUUUGCUUCAUGUCCGACCUCAAAAAACCAAAAUACCUCCACACCACUGACGUUUUUGUAAUGCCAGUGUUGUCGACGAUGUCGUCAUCUGUUGAGCCUUCAUGGUCAUUUCUGUUGGGGGUAGCACUCAUUUUCUUUCUCACCAACAGUGCUGUCAGCUUCACCUGUUAAAGUGCUAUGGUUGGGUGUAGCUGCUGUCUGCUACGACGCAGUUACUUGGUUCUAAUUCAGCACAUGAUUGGUUCAGACCCGGAGCAACUCCCCUUUUCAUUGGCUAUUCCUAUAGUCUACCAAAACAUGGCAGAAUGCCUGUUUGAAAGCCCAUGUUGUUUAGGUGUUUUCAAGUAAAUACCGUUCAGUUAUAUUGUGUUUAACUGUAAGUUUUCAUUUGUCCGACGCUUGUGAACGCACCGUAGGUGUUUGGACACCUAUGGUGCUAAGUUUGAUGCUAUAUUGUGUUAAUGUGUUGUUUACCAUGAAUAUGGCUAAUGCUAUCUCAUGCUACUCGAUGUGCAAUUAAUAAAGUCCUUUAUAUUCAGUUAUAUUAUGUGAACGAAGCUUGAAGAUAAUGUAUUAGUAUAAUAAUCCAAUAAAUACAACAGAGUAUAGGGGCCCCUUUAAAAAAAAAAUAAAUAAAUUUAAGACUUCGAGAUUAAAGUCAUUACUUACAAGAAUAAAGUCAUUAACUUAUGAGGACAACGUGGUAAAGUUACCUUUUGUGGAGGAGAGUUGUUAAAGUGAGGGCUGUGUUUUACUUUAGUAUGGGUUUUACAAUCAUGGAGAUACUUAAUCCUUCAGUACAUCAGCAUUACAUUGUCAUGUGUGUCAGAACUUUCAAAAGAACAUAUUUGAAAAAAAAGGGGGACUUUGAGGGAAUCACUGCUUUUGUGGAGGGCAAACGGUUGGACAGUGGCGGACCCCACGCAGUGUAUUUUCAUCUGGCAAAGCCCGGCAUACAGCCAGUUUGGUAUUUUAGUGGACUGAGGCGCACCGAGGUCCGCCAAGCUGGGCGUGGUGGCGCGGCAGGGGGAGGUGUCGACAGAAUCAACUGGCGCAGUGACAUUUUUGUGCUCGCCGCUGGCGUGUAAAGUGCGCUGAAAGCUCGCCGAUUCACACCUGGUCAGCUUUCAGCGCAGGCGGAGUGCAGCUGGUCUCGUGGUAUUUUGGUAGACUGGCGACGUAUCAGCAUACGUCACUGAUUCAUCGGCAGGUUUCCACAGUGUCAGGCACAUUUCAGUGCAAUAAAUGAUCAACAACAACCAAUAUUCUGAGUCAGCACACACAUUUAGAUCUAUAAUAUAUAUUCUGAUCUAUAUCAGAUCUGAUGAGCGCGUUUGACACGCAUUUCGACACACAACCUGACCGAAUUAACACAGCUGAAACCACAUUAAAUUAAAUUAAAUAUCUAGUAAAUAAACACACAUGAUGAAGUUAACAAGAUAUGUAAUUCGUCUCCCUCCUUUUUUCUUCCUCUUCCUUUUAUUUCUCGAGCAGCUCGACCUGGACAUGUCUCCAUGUCAUCUCCCCAUCCUGCUGCAACUGCUGCUGCGGCGGCUGAACAGAUGAUUUAUUUUAGUGAUCAGAUGAGUUAUUUACUUUAAGCCUACAUACGAAUAUUAUAAUAUUAACCUUAAUCAAACCUUUUAAUCAAUUACCUUGUCUGAUUACGCCUCCCACCCACCUCUCCUCCCUCUGUAGUCCCAGGUGGGCCGCUUCCAGCAACACUUGUUGAGGGGCUGCCUUCUGUCAUCAUCGUGUGGCAUUGCUGUCUUCAGCCAUCUCUUGAUCUCUUUGACUACUUCACGAAAAUUGUAAUACGCCUCGCCGGUGGCGAAUUUAAAUGCGAGGAGAGGAGCUGAUGUGAUUGGUCAAUACAGGUCUCGGCUGUGUUAAGCUCACUCCACGCCCUCUCUCCUCCCUCCCUACGACUUAUGCCGCUGGCAGGAGCUGAGUUAGGGAGGGGGAAUACUUACACCGGGCUGCGCCGCUCACCAAAAUACCAAAUUGUGCUUGGGAACGCCUUGUCGGCGCGGCAGACCUGAGUUAUGCCUCGCAUGCGCUGCGUUGCUGGCGGGGCACGAAAAUAGAGCCCUAUGUGUCAUGAGGUGUUGAGGCCUCUGCAGGUGUAGGUUACUGACUUACUGUAAUCAUCGGGUCUUUUUCGUCCUUAUGAAACCUGCUUCAUUCCGGCGAGUGUCCGUCUUCUAUCUGCCCGAAUACAGCAAUACUACUUUUGAUUGGCUGUUUUGGUACAUAAACUUUAUUUGAUUGGCUUGUGAGUGGUCAAAUGCGUAAGACUUGAGAGCCCUGUAUCGUUAUUGUUUCAUCGCCCAGCACUAUGAGAUUCCAAAUUGACUUUGAUCGGAAAACAGGACUUUGGACCACUGAACAACGGUCCAGUUUUUCUGCCCAGGUGAGACUCUUAUUAUGAUGUUGUUUUGGUUCAGGAAAGUCUUGACAGCAGGAACAUUUGCAGUCCAUUUCCUGGACUUGUCUCUGUGUAGUGGCUCUUAAUGCUGUGACUCCAGCCUCAGUCCAGUCCCUGUAAAGCUCCUGUAAGUUCUUGAAUCUGCUUUUUUUGAGCUCUUCCCUGUUUCGUGUCCCCCAUUCCUCACUCACUUGGCAUGACUCUGCUUCCAUAUAGCACUCUGUGAACAGCCAAGAAUUUAGUUUACAUGGCAUACAAUAAAUUUUUACUUUCUUCUCAAACUGAUCAAAAAGAAGAAGAAAAAAGACUUUUCCAUGUUUUCUGGGAUUCGUCUGUACAUCUUUCUGGAAUUUUUUUUUAUAUAAAAACGCCAGUUUUCAAAUUCAGACCUUUUUAAGUUUAGCCAGAUCUUACAACAACAGGUAUUCAUCCUUUUGCCUCUUCCCCUCCUAACUUUUGACUUUUAGAACAUUAUAUCAUAAAUAAAGCCCACCCCCACAGGCAGAUAGCAGAGUGUGAGCAGUUAAAAAGGCAGAAGAGGUUGUGAGCUGGAGGGGAGACAGCCUCUCAUUUCCACCGACGUUACUGGGCAAUUACAGCUAACACUUUCUGACAGUGAACCGCUGCAGCUAAAAGUGCAGCACACACCCUCCAUCCCACCACGGGGCUGUAAUUACAGACCAAUGACAACUAAACAUGAGGUCGUAAAACAGCCGGGAGCAGACAAGAAGUGACUGAAGAUUCGCUCUCCAAACACAACAUCAUGUCCUGUUUGUCUCUGCUGCUGUCAGCAUCUGAUAGAAGAAAGUGUGUGUGUGUGUGUGUGUGUGUGUGUGUGUGUGUGUGUGUGUGUGUGUGUGUGUGUGUGUGUGUGUGUGUGUGUGUGUGUGUGUGUGUGUGUGUGUGAGAGAGAGAGAGAGAGAGAGAGAGAGAGAGAGAGAGUGUACGCAGAUUUGACAUCCUCUUUCUGGAGGAAUACACCAGCACUUAGCGGGUCCUCAGUGACUGUCAGUUUUUCUGCAGCACAGCACGACAACAAAGUGCUGGAAAAAACAUCUUUCAGUCCUUUUUACCUGAUGAGUUUCUUUUACAUUUUACCUUUUUGGCAGUUACCUUCUAUUGUUAUAAUCCAUGAGAUAUUCAGAGAUUCCUCCAUCAAUCAUUAAAGGCACUCGGAGAGAAGAGCACAAACAGCAGUUUACCUCACAGAUGUAUGUGAGAUAGAUGAACUGCAAGGUUUAAAAAGUUUGGCUCAAAAGGAUAUAACACGAUUGUCUUCAUAUGAUUUCUGCUGAUUUUUCCCUUUAAACAAACAACUGAUUGUGUUUCACAGAAAAUGAGAAAUCUGCACCAGGAUGAUGUCCUGAAAUAUACCUGCUGCAGUCUCCACCAGCACUUCUGUUUUAUUUUGUAUCAGGUCCCUUUAAAUUUAAGAAAAUGUGUAAAUGAAUAAUGAAUAACUAUUAAUGUGUGUUAUAGGUAGAUUAUGGAGGAUUUAGCAGCAUUUUCCUAAUGACAGAGUGGCUGUUGGGAGAACUAAAGGGAUAGAGUAAAAUCAGUUUGUUGUGAAAAAGAGGUUGUAUCAUUAGCUUUUUUUUUUUGGCUAGAAAAAUUUGGGAUACAGUCAGGGAGAAAAAAAGUCAGCUAAAAAAUAUUGGGAAUUUCUAAGAGUCUGGUGUCUGCAUCAGGAUUUGUUUUCUUUUUUUUUUCCUUGAGUUUUAUGAUGUGCAGGAUAUUUUCCCCUCUCCAGAGCAGUAGCCAACUUUGCAGAGCCUCACUCACUCACUCACAUUUUGCUGCACGUUUUUGCACGGUUCUAUUUGCAGACAUCAAUUUAAGCUAAAUGUAAUGCCUGUUCAAACAGUUGGAUGACACUCCUCAUACUAUGGACAGUCUUAAGCCGAAAAAUACACGAUCUGUAUUGAGCGUGUUCUGUAUUUGCUCCAUAGAGCAGCAUUUGGUAUCACAUACAGGAUCAGCGUAUUUGGAGUGUAGCAGCAGCGUAGUGCAGCGUUGGGUAUCACAUACAGGAUCAGCGUAUUUGGAGCGUAGCAGCAGCGUAGUGCAGCCCCCCCCCGGUCAGCUGGUUUCAGUAUAGAGGAAACAACAUGCUCACAACAAGUUUUUUUUUCCUUUCUGUGGUUGAUUUCCUGGUAAUUUGGAUAUAAUUCAGUGACUGUUGAGCCUCUACUAUAUGUGAAAAAGGAACGGGAUUUUCCAGUUUGUGUUUUUGCAGGUUUACUCAUGUUUAAUAAAGUAAACUCUGUUCCUUUAUGCUGUGCUGUUACCUUCAGACAGGGUCCACAUGGAUCAGGGAUUGACCUUCAGAUUGUUCCGUGUUACUGAUAAAUCCAAAACCAGGAAGGAUUUCUCAUCUACAUGGACUGAUACACAGUCAGGAGUCCACAUAUGGUGUUUUAUUUUUAUUUUGUGCCUGACAUCCUGUGUAGAACGAUCUUCUCUGUGUGGAUGGACGCGCAUUGGAAGCGUAGCGCAGCAAAAAUUGACUCAUCGCGUAUCUUUAACAGAGCUGCUCUUGAUACGAUGCUGCGUCGGUGCUGAUACACAUCCCGUAUGCUUUGCUGCAUUGAUUAGAAUGGAAACCUAUUUGCUGCAUGAUAUGUGACGCUGCUGAUUUGCGCUAAAUACGGAUCCUGUAUGUUUUAGCCUUUAGGUUGACAGAUUCUGCAAUACUCUGUGACUAGUUAGUAUAUAAAUAACAUCAGUCUGAGAGGAAAUUGGGACUUUCAGUUUGUAGAAAUUCAGUUAACCGUAACUUUUUGGGAAGCACAAUUCUCUUUUUAUUCUCUCUAUUUCUUUGUCUCCUCAGGUCUCAGAUCAUAAAGAGUCUUGACCUUGGCUGUCAGACUCACUGCAGAGAGGCUGUUAAGUAACACUGACUCCCCCACCCCCACCACCUAUUCUACAAACCCUUUAACCUUAAUCAAACCUUUUAAUCAAUUACCUUGUCUGAUUACGCCUCCCACCCACCUCUCCUCCCUCUGUAGUCCCAGGUGGGCUGUUCUCUUCAAUGUCAGAGGGUUUCUGUAAUGAUGCAGCAGUUUGCUCGAGCCUCUGCCUCUAAUGGGACAAAGUUUAGUCCACUAAUUAGCCCUUAAUGCUGUGUCAAUUUGAAUUAAGAGGGAAGCCAGUUUUACCAAGCAAAAUCAGUAAGAAACUCCAGACAGUGCUUGUGUGUGGGAAGCUAAUCCUAGGUCAUAAUCAGGGCGCCUUUUUUUUCCUUUCAACCUUCCUCCCAUGAACAAGCAGAAAGAAAAUGGAGGAAAGACUGAAACCCUCUCAGGAUACAGUAAUAGAUUGGAGAUAUUAGAGUUCUAUUAAAUUAUCACCUAGGCCUGAUCUCAGCGCUAUUAUGUGGAGCAGUGCAUCACAGCUAGUAGGAGAGAGGGUGAGGUAGGUAGAGGGGAAGGAGGUGAUGACCACAUAUGAAGAACCUCUGCUCCGAAUGUGACCAACAACAGUCCAUUGUGAUCAAUCACAUUUUAAAUUGCAUGUUUAAAAUUUCAGUAUUUGCCAUUUCUAAAUAGUACUUGAUGCAACAUACAACAUGCAAAGUUUUUUAUACCACUGUUUUGAUUUGGGAAUGAAAUGAAUGUAAAGUGAUUAAUGGUCGUGACUUUCAGAUUCAUUAUUGAAGUAAACACCGUGUGAUUUUAAACCAUGACUUAAAAGGAGUUAACAGCAUCAAACAUAACAAGCUGAAGCACCCUUUGGACCUGGGUCUUUCCCUGUGUUGAGCGGCCUGCAGUCAGUUAUCACCCAUCUAACCAGCUCUGCAGUGUAAUUGUAUGAUUCAAUUUCAUGUACAGGUCUGUGGUGAUCCACAAGCUCCAAAAUGGAGCAUUAAUGUAAUAAGCUGCACCAGUAUGCUUUACUUAUAGUGUUUGACUCAAACUGUAAGGACUUGGGUGAUAUUUUAAAUUCUGUUCCACUUAAGUUGCAUAAUACUUUUGACAUGUAAACUGAGCCCUCCAGGAGUUUUUUUGAUCUAGUGUUGAUACUUCCAUCAUGGUGGCAGCAGUAUGUGAGAAAAAGCUGCAGAGGCUAAGCCACAGUGCGCAGAGAUAAAAUAGUGAUAAAAACAUAUUAACUAAGGACCCUCACAGCCCUUGUAUCUAGGGCAGGGGUCAGCAACCUUAAACGCUCAAAGAGCCAUUUGGACCAGUUUCCCACAGAAAAGAAAACACAGGGAGCCACAAAACCUCUUCAACAUCUAAAAUGAAGAUAACAAUGAAUAUAUCAGGUUUUUUUUUACCUUUAUACAAAGUAUAUAAAAAACUGUAGCAAGUUGCAUUUAUGAAAUAAAUGAACUGCUGCAGAGAAAAAGAAAUGUAAUUUCUGUAGGCAAACAAAAAUAUUUUAAAUAGUUUGAAAUAACCUUAAAGACCCACUUCAAUGAAAAUCAUGUUAUUCUUGUUGUCUACACGUUCAUAUAUCAUUUUCCUGAUGCUACAGGACAUAUCAUAAGUAAGAUAAGUGCAAAAUUGCAUUUCUGAGUAUUUCUGCAUUUAAAUCACUGUGAAUCUCUGGCAGAGCCAAACGGUAGUCUCAGACGCAGGGAGAUUUCCUACUUUACAACUGCAAGCUCUGCCCUUGGAGCCCUGCUAUGUAGGCCACACUCGGAGGAGUAGAGAGGAUAAUCGCGCAACAAGCGUGUGCGCUGAAUAAAAACACAAUUUCACGGAACAAUGUAAGAUAUAUAUUUGCAAAAUAAUAACCGAAAUAAUAGCCGAUUAAAAUGUGAAAUUUACUUGCUUAAUGUGACUUUUGCUCCUUAAUCUCAGAGCACAGCGUCUCCACAUCCAGGCUGUGUGACAUUACAUUCAUCUUCACACAGGUUUUCGGUUUUCCCAAAUCGGCAGUUAUGAUGCAUAUUUUGAGCUAUAAAAAAAAUUUAACAUGGUUUAUUUAAUGUUACAAGAGCAUAUAAUCUUUGAAUUUAGAAUUACACAAAAAAAUAGUAAAAUAAAAUAAAUUUAAAUUAAAUAUUUAUUAUUUAUUUUCCAAAUCCACUGGGAGCUGCAGCUUAGGGAAGAAAGAGUUGCAUAUGGCUCCAGAGCCGCAGGUUGCCGACCCCUGAUCUAGGGCUUUAUAAAAAAAACUCAUAUACAUUGCAAUAUAUUGUAACUCUUUCAGUAAAAUAGAUAACCCCCCCCCCCCCACACACACACACACAGACACUCACACAUUUUAGAAGCACUCACCUCUGCUCACAUCUGCUUGUAAAAAUCCCCAUGCACUUUUCUUUAAUUCAUCAUUUUGUACAAUUAUUUAAUGAUGUUGAAGAGGUUCCACCUGAAAGCUGAUGGGCUGAAACCAGUUUAUACCAAAAGUUCCUUUACUAUACCACUAAAGUACCAGAGAUACAAAAGUCAAACAAAAACAAUCACAUCACUAACUGUAUAUCUCUAAUUUAGUCAUUAUGAAAGUAAACACUCACAGAGUACAUGAGGCAAAGUGUUAAAGAGAGGAGAACAAAGUGAACUCUGUGAUUUAACAGCUCAGACAGUUUCAUCAGCGUGUCAACACUUCAAGUCUGUCACCUAUCAAAUCAAGAUCUAAAAACCUGUGACAGUGAGCAGCGUAUGUGUCAUCCUGUCCACACCUUUGUUCUUCACCCUGAUGGUGAGACUGUCAGGAUUUUAAACAGGGAGUCACAUUUAAUGAAGAAUCACACUGUGUUAAUUUUUUAAGUUCAGCCAACUUUUCAUAACACCUUGGAGUGUGUUUUGGUGGGGCCAAACAAAAUUUUGCUGCAUACCCAACAAUGUUUUGUUUGGCCAUCCAGGAUCCUAACCCUAAAACAAAAACUUCUGAGACCUCAAAACAACAUUUUACAAAGCUCUCAAAAUGCCUUAUAAAACACACAAAAAAGAAUUAAAAAAUGCUUCUUGAAGUGAAAGGACACAGAAAACAUACAUACCAAUUAUAUUCAGUAACACUCUUGAGAACCUGAUAAUAUUUAUUAAUUAAUCUGUAUGAGUUGCUGGCACCAGGAUUCUGCAUACAAAUCAGGUUAAUAAAAUGAGCUAAGGUAACAUCUGCAAAAAACUUUAAACAAUUUCAACGUUCAGUUUAUUAACUCAAAUUUGUAACAUCGAAAUAAGACUACUCAGUCUGUGUGAUUCUUAAAAACAGAAAAAAGUGCAAAAAAUUCACUGGGACAUAAGCUUUAUUGACUUAACACUAACAUUUUAAACUUGUUUGAUCAGUAAAUAUUAGUCACUUGUCAGCUUGUUCCUUUUAAAAAAGGUGAAUGACUUUAUAACAUGGGGGAACUAUGCAAAGUUUUCAACAGUAUUAGUUAUAUUUUAUCUUAAUAGAAGGGAUGAAAGGUGCAUAACAUUUGCAUGCACGUUCUCUUACACACUGACAAUAAACACACUGACAAUUAACAUACCCAUUUCAAGUAUUUAUUUAUACAAAAAAGAAAAACAAAAAAAAGGAGCCAGAGCAGUAGAUGUUUAAAAAUUCCAAUAAUUGACCUUUUUUGGGCCAGUCCCAUUGACUUCAAUGCAAAAUUUAUUUUUGCAGAUUUUCGCUACUUACAAUGCGAAAAAUUCAUAUACAACAGAGAAAAGUAAUAGAACAGCAAUCCUGAUGAAACAGCACAUUUUGAUAAAUAAUUUGUUGUACAACUUCAAGCUGUUGGACUAGUAGGGAAUCAGAAUUUGUUUCCCGUGGCUUCACUCCACAACUUUAUUCCCACAAGAACUAAAAGAUCUUUUUUGUUCCUUCCAAUCUUCUCCCUCUUUGAAUCCUGUUGCUUUGAAUCCUGUUGCUUAAAGUGUGGCAUUUCUGGUGUAACUCCCUGACUGUGUGUGUGUGUGUGUGUGUGUGUGUGUGUGUGUGUGUGUGUGUGUGUGUGUGUGUGUGUGUGUGUGUGUGUUCAUGUUUCUCAGCACGGUGACGUCAGCGGUCUUCACAGUCGGAGACAAUGUGGUUUCAGGGAGCGACGAUCGUACUGUCAAGGUGUGGGACUUGAAGAACAUGAGGUCACCCAUCGCGACUAUUCGCACUGACUCAGCUGUGAACAGGUGGGUGAGAGGAGGAAAGUGACAAGGUGUGAGAGACUGGAUUUUUGGAGCACUUGUGGCAGAAUAAUAUGGUUAUUAUUUAUCAACCCCCCCAAAAAGUCUAAUUUCAUCUCAGUCAAUUAGAGGAUUGAGCAAUCAUAAUUCAUUGUUUUAUACCAAUCAGAUUAUUAACAAGCUGUUAUGAUUCAUUCACAUUGUGGCUGUUUGGGUAAAGUUGUGACAGGGUCAUGUUUCCUAUUGUGUUACAUUCCCUCUUCUUUGACCAACGCUGUAAAAUGUCAAAGUCAAAUGUUGUCCCAUUCUUGCCUGGUAGAGGAUUUUAGCUGCUCAACAGUUCAGGGUCUCCUUUGUCCUGUUUUUGGUGUCAUGAUGCUUGAACAUGUUUUCAAUGGGGGACAAGUCAGGACUGCUGUCAGACCAGUUUCUCAGCAGCAGGACUCUUCUCCUACAGAGCCAUGCUGUUGUAAUCCCUGUUGUCAGAAUGUGGUUUUUCAGUGUCUUGCUGAAGUAUUUGAACUGGAAGCUGAUGAAAAGCCAGGUGGUGCUUCUCCCAUUCUCCCAGAGCAGUGGAUGCAGUGUGCAUGGUUUCCAAAAAGAAUGUCAAACUGGAUUUGUUAGAGCACAGGGCAGAGAGGUCGCCGGAGUUUGUGGAUUAUGUUGAUUUCUGAUUUCUUCUUGGGUUUUAAAGAGUGACCCUGAGUCGAUGCAGUGAUUUCUGCUCCAGAGUCCUGUCUUUGUUUAAUGCAGUGCUGUUUGAGGGCCUGCAGAUCAGGACCAUCCAGUCUUGGUUUUGGUCCUUGUUCCUUUCAUACAGAGAUUUCUCCCGAUUCUCUGAAUCUUUUAAUGAUAUUAUGAACUGCAGAUGAUGAAAUCCACUCACUCUUUCACAUUUGAAACUCAGGAACAUUAUUCUGAAACUGUUGAACUAUUAGCUCACACAGUCUCUCACACAGUGGUGAACCUCUUCAAAUCUUAUGAACCUUGCAUGUUUUUUGGAAUUGCUCAGAUUUUUCAGCGUUUUGUUGCCUCUGUCCUGUCUUUAAACAUAUGCAUCAAAUCUAAAAUGGGCAUAGAUAUGAAUGUUGCUCUUCAGGUUGUGUUUAUGAUUAACAUAUGUUUGAUAAACUAGUGCUUAAUUCUUUGACUCCAGCUGCAGAUGAAACUUGGAAUAUAGAUGAACAAACUUUGACCAAGAUACAACCUGAUCUGGCUUGAUAUCUUUCAGGAUAAGCGUCUCUGCCAACCAAAGGAUCAUCGCUCUGCCACAUGACAAUCGACAAGUCCGACUGUUUGACAUGAAUGGAGUAAGACUGGCCAGACUUCCACGCAGCAACAGAAUGGUGCGAAUAAAACCAGUUAUCUAUAGAUGACUAAAUCCACCAGAAAUGAAGGAAGUGCCGUAAAACUGCAUUCUUUGGGAUGUGAGGGUGGGUUGGGGGGUAAGACUGUCUGUAGGGAAGUCUAUGGGAGAAUGGUCUCGGUUCUUUUAUUAUUUCAGCAAACAUGUUUCCAAUGGGUCUAUGGUUUCAAUCCCUGCUUUCAAGGCAUCGUCAAAAUGGUGUGAUGUUUACUUUUUCAGUCUGGGGUUCUGGGGAGAAUUUCGCACAGGGUUACCUGUGAUUCACAUGCUGCUAUGAUAAGACUAUAAUUACCUUGCCCGGUGUUCAAUUGUACUUAAAACAAUAAGAGUUUUAAAACCCAUUUUUCAGUCUCACCAAAGUUCAAAGCCCAUUUAAUAUAUCAACAAAGGACCAGCAAACUGACCAUCGUAGUCAUUUGCAACUCCUACCCAACUUAUCGGUAUUGAAGUACCCUGACUUCUCACUCUUUAAACAAUAAUAACAAUAACAAUAAAAUAACAACAGCAGUGCCCAAAAUGCGUGUGGCUUUAACUGGACUGCAACCACCUCCUUUAUAAUAUUCAUGAUUUGACUUCUCCAACAGCAGCAUUUAAACUUACAAUCUGGAUGUCUUGUGUGUGCGCAGGGUCACAGGCGCAUGGUGUGUUGUACAGCCUGGAACGAAGAGAACCAGUCCUGUAACCUGUUCACCUGCGGCUUUGACCGACAGGCCAUCGGCUGGAACAUAAACAUCCCCGCCUUGCUGCAGGAAAAGUAAAGCCACUGACGCACAAACACGACAAAUACUCACACUGAUGCAGGAGACAUACUGUAAUCUGUGGCCUGGCACAUGCAUGUGUGUUUACCCUGUGAAGCAUUGUAGAUGUCAUGUAUUCCUCUGAUUUCAGGCUGCUAAAGUGUGUGAGGUAUUUAUUUAAUGAUGUUGUGAUUAGCAUUGUAUGACUAGAAUAUAUCCUGGUCCUUUUUUUUCUUUUGACAUAUUUGGGGUUUAAAUGAUGAAAAAGGUACAAUAAUAUUAGAAUUUCUUUUGUAGUUUUCUGAACCUGCAGCAGUGAAACAGUCUGUAGUGAGUGCAGCAUAAUUCUUGUGGUCUAUCAAAGUGUGUCCGCUGUUGUUGUUUCUGUCUCUGACAGGCUCAGAAUGUGAUACGAAGUGUCCUAACAAAGAUAUUUUUAGUUCAAAAUCAUUUUGAGCAUCAUCUCUUUUCGCAGUGGUGACUAUGAAGUUGUUUUAUUGGUCAGUGUGCUCCAUACUUGCUUCCAUUUUGGGAAAUUUUAGUUAAGAGUAUUCAAAAAAGAAAGUCAACAUGUCCUGAUGUUAGCAGUAGCUCAGACUUUAUAUCUUUAAAAACAUGACUGUGGUCAGUUCCACCUCUGCACAAUCUUCUAUAGUGUUGACAAACUCCAGUUAACUUUAAGUUAAGUCCCACCCCCUCUUGGUUUAAAUUGGUCAAUAGGGUGAAGGGACAUCAACAAGCGAUACCUGUUCCAGAAGUUCAACUACUUUCAACUGAGUGUUCAGUCAAAGAUUACAGUGUUUUUAUGGAGGUCUGAACUGCGUCGUUUUUGCACAAUGUUUGUACAUAAGAGUUAGUUAGGUGGACAUAUGAUUAGUUCAGAGCAAUCCUGGUAUUUAUGUAACAUACAAUAACAGUGAAGAAAUUAACGUUUGCCGCAGAGGUUGAUUAUAGACAAAAUGAAACAUGGUUGUACUCUCAGAAACAUCACUCAGUGGUUUCUGAAGAUGUGUUAUGAAGCUCAAAGAUAGCAGUGGCCUCAGAAUGUCCUCCUUGGCAUUUUUCACUUAGUCCACAAGGGGGCACCAGAAUCAAUACAAACCAAUAUUCCUCAUGGUGCUUUGGUAUACUCAAAACAUAAAAAUGUUUUCCUAACUGAUUUCACAAAUCAAAGAGCUUUGACAGGUUUUGUAGCUACAUGUUUCAUUCUGCUGUAAAAAUAAACAUUUCAACACAGGCUCCAAUAGGAAUUCAUUAGCUUUUAGAGACAGCCUUUUGGACACUUGGGGAACUGCACUUUUUUCACUUGUCUUGAUGUCUAUAGCAUGAAAGCCUCUGUUAUUGUUCUAAUCUUUUCUGUGUUGUCAGUGAAGUUUGGUGACUUUUAGUAAAAAUCCUAACAAAAUGCUCAUUCUCUGCAGGGAUCCUUCUGGUAUUGCCAUCAGAUACUAAAAAUGACAAUCUGAGCCUGUAAGUGACAAAAACAAGAACUUUUAGUAGACAUUCGCAUGCAGCUGCUCCUGAAGGUUAUGUUGAAGCCACAACCGCCUGUUUCACUGCUGCAGACUGAAGCAGUCCACAAACCCAUGAGAUAUUCUGAUUCCAAAUAUGUAAGAGUUUGAACUAAGACAGAAACACCUGAAUCAUCUGAAAGUCUUUGAUUCUCAAUUGGCGGGUCAGAGGCUGUGAGGCAGUGCACUUGCAAAUGUAACGCAGUUAUUCAUACUCCAGCACACUAGGUGGCAGUAAUGCACCACAACAUUGAUUUUAAGAGAGAAAUUCCAGUACUUCGGGCUGCAGAUGUCAAAUAAGGGGGACUGGACCAGUUAAGAACCAGCAUUUUAUGUGAUAGACAUGCUUUCAUCAUCUAGAGUGUGUCACAGAGCCACUCUUCUGUCUUAUUUAUGAAUUGUGAGUUGUAACACAGCCAUGCUGAUCCUUUGUUUUCUUUGAGUUUAAUGGUAUAUAUUUGACUCCAUAGUCAUAGGCUGCUGCUCACAGCACUGUUGUUUGGUUACUGCUGAAAUGUUGCAUGUAGAUACACUCAGUGUACCCGUUAAGUUAUAACUGUACAAUAAUAAGGCCUGCAGAGCUUAUAGUAAAACCUAUAACAAGUGGUACAUACAUGUGGCCUAAUUUAGUCACCUGCAGGGUGUUCUAGUUUCUGGAUUAAGUGUCUUACAGUCCUCCACCUUUUUCGGUGGAUUUUGGCAGAGAUUACAUAGUUCUGUGAAAUCUAUUUAAUCGUUUAUUCAGACAUUUCAUAUUUUCAUACCAUGAAGCAAACAUAUCAUGUUUAAUGCCUGCCAGAAUACCCAUGCAGCAUGCAGGGUUGUUCAUUUGUCUUAAACAGGCCUUGCUGUCCUCUGUGAAGGUUCGAGUCCUCGCCUGUUACCUUUUGCUUUCACUUCACAUCCAGCCUCCAUAUUUCAAGAUGAAGUUGUCAAUAUUUCAUAGAUAUGAUACUGUAACUCUGCCAUGUUCCAUGUUUACAGUAGGAUUUAAUUUUUUAUCUACUGCUUUAUUCUGCCAAAUGUCAAGAGCAUAGCAAUAACGAGAAAACAACUGCACAUCUGUAUCCUCUGAGGGUCUGUGAGUAAGAUGUGUUACCAGGAUAACACUCAAUAUAUGUUUCACGUGAAGAUGUCUUUUAGCCAUCAUAUAUGCCUGUGAGUCCUUGUGUCAGUAAAUUACAGGCCCAUCUCUCCCAGAGCCCUGUGUUGCUUUAAUCCCAAAGUUAACUUGUGUGUUUCUGCUCAUUCUUGUGCUUCAGAAACAGCCUGAAAAGAAGAUGUUUUUGUGUUUACACUUUAAGUUGAGAAAUCUGAAGCAGUUUUAAGACUAAAAGUGAAGCAAAUAUUCAGCUUAAAUCUCUUACUAAAGGUUAUUAUGGGGAUCUUUUUGGUUCGUUCCUGCUAGUUAAACACAGCUUGCAAGUAGUCAUUGUUUCAGUGAUUACUAGAGACAAUUUAUUUUUCCUCCUUCUCCAUGAAGAGUUUCUGCUUCAUCUGUCUCUACUCAGUCUUCCACUUACAUGCCUGCUGAAAUUUGACUCACUGCAGCACUAUGAAAUAGAUUUUCUGUCACAUGAUGAGAAAAGACGGUAAAAACAAUGCAGAAAUGCAGAAAUAGCUGCAUCAUGAUAUAGUUUGUUGAAAAAAAACCAUAUUCACACCCACAGCUUUAAAAUUCACCAUAUUUGAUGCAUUGGCAGAUGAAUAUCAACACAAAAGGCUUUUGUGACACAUUUCUACUUAAAUUUUUGAUCAAGUUGCACUUUUUUGCUUCUGUUUGUGUUUUAUGUUUUAAGCUAAAACUUGCUAAACUUUUGGUCUGAACACAACUUGUAAGCUUUUUUGCCUCUUGCCUCUUGCUUUUCAGUUGAUCCAAAGCAAUAUACCAGAUCCCCCGUGAGUCUGGUGCUCAAAGUGAAGCCCAUUUCUAAUUUCACUAAAUGUGACUCAUAAAAACAAAGAAUUAAAGUCUGACUUUAUCUAAAUUCAGUUAACUUUUUCUAAUUUACACUUGUGCAAAUUAUUAAAAAUGGAUUGAAACUGUAGUUUAUGAUUAAUGGAUGUUUAACUUAUUUCCAUGGAAGCCUUUAUUAGUGAUUAAAAAAGGAAAAAAAUGAAGCUUUGCCUUUAUGAUUAAAAAAAAGACAGGUCAUAAUAAUAAAACAAAAAGUCAUGAUGAGAUUAAUUUUAAUGUUAAAAAGUCUUCAAUAUAAAGUAAGAUGUCGUUAGUUUAAAAUAAACGUUACAAUUUGAAGAAUAAAAAGUUCCCAUUUUAAAUGAAAAGUCAAAAAACAAACAAACACAUAAAGUCAUAUGUUGCAAAAUUAAGAAACCUGUUAAAAAAAGAUAAAAUUUGGUUGGAUCAAAUGUCAAUGUUAUAGCAUAAAUAAGUAAGAACUCGGCAUUAUAAAAAAAAAAAUCAGAAUAAGGAGAUAAAGGUUGUAACUUUAAUGAAGUCAACAUUUUUAUGCAAUCAUUGUGUAUACAAUCAAGAGCCAUCUUAAAAGUCAUCAUUUUGGAUAUUAAUUCAGCAUUUGGACUAUUAUUUGGACUGAGUCACAAUUACAAGAGCUAGUUGUUCGUAAUGUCAUAAUAUUAAAGAGGACGUGAAACACUGAUCCAAGUUAUCAUUAUUUUUAAGAAUGCCUCUCGACUUCACAAAUCACUGUAUUCAUGACUCUCAAAAUGUAUUACAUCUCUAAAAAACUGUGACAGAAGUUUGACUUUAGCGACACUGCGGGGAACCGUAAAGCAGUGCCACUUUGCAUGACGUAAUCGGUGGUGUAGCCUGCGUAUUGACAAUUGAAUGAGAGCAGAUUAGGAUUAGUACUUGAGCCAAGAACCAAAAUUUCACAUAUCGGUACCACCUGGGUGGGCAAAUUCUAGUUGUGAUUUUUUUAUUGCUAUACAUCCCUACAAUAAGUUUUUAUAUGAUAGACCUUGGUAACUGGUAGCUUUAUUGUAGUUAUCACUCAUUAUAAUCAUAAUACAGGUGUGUAUAUAUAAGCUUCAAUUAGCCAAUUGUCAGGUCUAAAUCAAGGUCUUAAUUAAGGAUAUUUUUUGACUUAGAAGUAGAAGUAAAGUAAAUGCAGACUAAUAGCAUUAUAAUAAAACAACCUUAAUAUGACACUGACAUAUUUUAAAUGCAGGCACUCAAUAUACAGUACAAUCAUCCUGGCUGGUGCAGGGCAAGAAGACAUUAGCAACAAAAUAAGAUCUACUGAUGUAUACACUCUAUACAAUCAUCUGAGAAAAACUCAAAAUCCUAUUUAAAGUCCUAUUCUUUUCAUAAGGAACAGUGACAGCAAAUAUGAUUGUCAAGUUUUGGCUUAGUACAUAAUACUGUCACUGAGUCACAGUGGGUCUGUUAACAUAGCUCCUUUUGGUCAUCAUUUAUUAAUCAACAUCAGUAAUCGACAUCAGUAUCUGUAUCUUCUUCUACAUCUGAGUCUGCCAAGUGUGCAAGGGGCUCUUCCUCACUGUAUUGGUUGGCACAAGUUUGUAAUUUGCACAGGUUUGUGCACUUCAGCCCAUGGCUGAGACAGGUGCAGUCUGGUGGUUUGCAUGUCUUCACACACUUGCAGGAUAGCAACUGCAAGACUGCAUCUGGUGCAUUAAUAGGCAAUCCUGACAUGGUGGAAGCUGGCUGGACUCAACUUUAGCCAAGGUCCUGCAUGAAGGUGGUGAUAGUGAAAGGAUUGAUGUUGUCUUUGACGUUUACAUGGACAUGUCAAUCAAAAAUUCAGAAAGACUAAACAGAGGUGCAGACAUGGGGAUCCAGUUCAGAAACAUUGUUUCUGGCCACAAUAUUCAGCAGUGGAGGAAACUUCUCUGCAGCCCUGCCGACAAAGCCGGUCUCAUCAAGUUCUUGGUGGAGGAAUUGAGUUUUUCUCAGAUGAUUGUAUAGAGUGUAUACAUCAGUAGAUCUUAUUUUGUUGCUAAUGUCUUCUUGCCCUGCAUCAGCCAGGAUGAUUGUAUAAUGAGUGCUUGCAUUUAAAAUAUGUCAGUGUCAUAUUAAGGUUGUUUUAUUAUAAUGCUAUUAGUCUGCAUUUACUUUACUUCUACUUCUAAGUCAAAAAAUAUCCUUAAUUUAGACCUUGAUUUAGACCUGACAAUUGGCUAAUUGAAGCUUAUAUAUACACACCUGUAUUAAAAAAUUGCUUGAAAUACUAUUUAGGGGGUUAUUACAAGUCUCUAUGGCUAGCCAAUAGUUCAAACACACCUAAAUGAGAGGUUAAAAUGAAAGAAAGCUAAUUUUGAAGGAAGGCGAUUUUUCGUUUUUGAACAGCUGCACUCUAUUACUUUAAUGAGUGAUAACUACAAUAAAGCUACCAGUUACCAAGGUCUAUCAUAUAAAAACUUAUUGUAGGGAUGUAUAGCAAUAAAAAAAUCACAACUAGAAUUUGCCCACCCAGGUGGUACCGAUAUGUGAAAUCUUGGUUCUUGGCUCAAGUACUACUAUACCUGAAAGAACUGCUCCACCAUCAAAUUGGGCCACACCCACUUCAUCAACUCAUUUAAUUAGACACAGGUUUGAUUCAUUUAUAGAAAAGAGCAGUGUGACCCAAAAAGAGUAUGACUUUUAAUGUGCUUUUGACUUUCUGUGUUGCUUUUGGAGUUAACAAAAAUUCGCCUAUUGAGGAAAAUAACAAAAUGAGAAAAAAUAUAAAAAGCUACCCCUAUGAAAAGUCUAUCGUAUUUUAAUUUACUUAUAUUGACCCUAAAAACAAUUUAGUAUAUGUAAGGUUUUGCCCACCCAAGUGGUACCGACAUCUGGUCCGGCUCAAGGACUAGAUGGCUGAAAUGGCGAAUUGAGAGCCAAAGACGAGUAAACUCACUAGAGGAGGGGUAUUGUGUUUUGCGCCAGGCUGCUCCAAUCAAUUUUUUUAAAAUCGUUGCAUUUUCAUCAUUUGCCGCUGAAACGGCCGGUGUUUCUCUGCAGCUUUUCCGCAGCUCACACAUGCAUGCAGCAGCAGCAGCCAUCAGAUGUAAACAUCGGUAUUAAGUGUAAUAAACUUCAUCACCAGAGUCUCCACUGUUUAAGGGAGAUCUGACAUAAAAUAACGGAGGGGAAAAAGGCUUACUUUCACUCUGGUGUCUAAAACAGUCAGCAUUAUCAGUCAUCCAGCUCCAACAGGUUAAUAAUCCACGAUAUUAUUCCCGUUUACAUCCUGUUUGAAUCCCGUUUACAACCUCACGAUCAGCGUCUCAUCCAUUCGCAUGAAAAAUUAAAGUUUUUAGCGCUGUUUCUGGUCGGCUGGCUCAGUCGUUUAUUUCCUGGUCUUCUCCCACCGGGACAUGGACCGCGUCUUGGUUUUGAUGCGGUGAGUCAGUCACCGCCGGUCUGGACCUGUGGUCUUGACUCGGUACCAGGUCCAGAGAUGCUCCUGCGUUCGGUCUCUGUCAGGACACCUGAAGCUAAAGCGAACUAAAACUUUUUUCACACAUUGCAAAUGGAUGAAACGCGCUGACCGCGAGAAACGGGAUGUGAAUAAUAUCGAUGGAUUAUUAAACUGCUGGAGCUGGAUGACUGAUAAUGCUGACUGUUUUAGACUCCAGAGUGAAGGUAAGAAAUAUUUCCUGAAGGUUUGAUCAAGUGAGAUUCUGGUGAUGAGGUUUAUACAGUUAAUAUCAAUGUUUACUUCAGAUCGCUGCUCUGUGUGUGUGUGUGUGUGUGUGUGUGUGUGUGUGUGUGUGUGUGUGUGUGUGUGUGUGUGUGUGUGUGUGUGUGUGUGUGUGUGUGUGUGUGCUACUGCUCCUCCUCCUCCGCUUCUCCUUCUCGCUUACAUGGUCUCUUUCUGACCGUUCAAAAGCAUACGACAUUGGGUUGGAAGGAUAGACCGCCACCACAUCCAUCUCCGACAUCUUACAGCUGAGCGAUGGAGUCACGUACACUAAUUACUAUUUCACCAUUCUGUUCCUGCACUACCCGUGACGUCACAACUGUCGUAAACUCAGGAUGGCGCUGUGCUUAUGUCGUAAAUACACUCUUGAAAGCGGUUUUCCUAUUAAACAGCUGAUUUUUUGCACGAAAACAUAUUUCAGACUGUCUCCUAAUUGAUUUUUUUAAUACGUGAGGAUGCCAAUGUGGCGUGUUUCAUGUCCUCUUUAAAUGUUAUUGGUCUGAAGGAAAUAAUCAUAAGAUUACAAAAUCAUUAUAGACAUGAUCAUGAGAGAAGAGACAUGAUAAAAAAAGCCAAAUAUGAGACAAAAAGUCAAAGCUAUGAAAAAGAAGUUAUGGGAAUGACAUAAAAAGUCAUGAGACUAAAAGCAAUAACAAAGUAUUAAAAGUCAUGAUAGUGACCCAAAAAAGGUCAUGGUUCUCUUUCAAAUUUGUGGGGGGAAAAAAAGGACUUUUUUGAUGAAAAUGAGAUAAAAUUGUCAUUACCCCCAUCAUCACUGUGUAUAAUAUGAAAAUUAAACCACAGAAAUAGGCCUUUUAAUGUUUCAGCGCUGUAAAUGACCUCUAAAAUAUUCCCCCGUGUGCCUGCUGUGGAUGUAACUUGGUUUGAAAACUCUGUGCAUAAAUUACCAAAAGUGUAGGCUUCCUUUACCUCUAAAGUGGAGUCAGGUUGAGUUGAAGCAAGAACAUGAACAAUGUGUUUGAAACACCUUAGCAUUGCAUUAAAAAAGAUGUACAUUAGCCUUAUCAGGUUGAGUGUAGAUGCAUAUUUCCAAAAGCUUAAUGAAAAUCUAAUUGUGUCCAUGGACAAAGCAGAUAGGAUUUCACUCCCAUUUCAUUCAGGGGAGUCAAUCUGCCAUCCUCAGAAAUCAGUGUCAUUUUAAUCUGCAGGUAGAAAGAGAAGUCCUCCUUAUCCCAGCAUGUGAAUAAAACUCUGAGGAAAUAUGAUUUUGGAUGGAUACAUUAAAUUAUUGUUCACCAGAUUAAAAGUGUAAAAAGGUGGACAGGCUUCGUGUUCCUGCAGGGGAUCAAACUUCAUUACCUGGUCUACUUUUUAUUCUUUAUUGUGGUGGGUACGUGCUCUCUAACGCCUUCCAAUAAAAAUGUGUGAUUUCCUCUUUUCAGUCUGCCGUGUCUCUUUUCCAUCUUAUUUAACACAAACCUCUGUCACCAUUUUAUUCAGCUCAGUAAGAUAUGUAUCAUUAAUGAAAAUCACACUUCAAUCAUCUAGAUGUAAAUGUUGUAGCAACAAUGAACCAUGAUGUCUAGUGUUAAUGAAAAAGGAGGCAGAAGGUGGAGGAGUUUUUUUUUUUCUUCUUUUAAAUAUUACUGAUAGAACUCUUUGGAUUCCUAAUUUGCAAAAAGUUUCAUUGUUGCACUUUUUGUUUUGGAGGCAAUAUGGCAACUGCUCUGUCUGAUAUAGAACACAGGAUUUUUCAGGAAAAAGUGGUAAUUUUCUGUCCUCUUGACUGAGUUAGAGGUGGCCGAAGUCCAUUGAACCAGAAGCUCCUGUGCAGUAAUACUACAUUCAAUAUACAGUGGAUAUAAAAAGUCUACACACCCCUGUUCAGCUGCCAGGUUUUUGUCAUGUAAAAAAAAUUAAAUCAAGAUAAAUAAUUUCACAUCUUCUUCCACCUUUAAUGUGACCUAUAACCUGUACAACACAAUUGAAAAACAAAACUGGCAGUUGAACAGGGGUGUGUAGACUUGUUAUUAUAGCUAGAAUAACACUGUUAUGCUGUAGGAAACACUGAUUCAUGUAGUUUGCAGAGGGUUUGGUCUUUCGCAUAAAACCAAGAGUGUUGUUGCUUCUAGUUUAAUUUUGUCAAAUGAAAAAGCAGAAACUAGUGAUGGGUAAGCUUAGGAAGCAAAUCUCUUUGGACUGUCUGCAGAAUGACCACACUCUGCAGGUUUAGUCUCAUAUGUAAAAAGUAAAAGUUUCAACAGUUUGCAUUGUAUGAAAUAAAACUAAGUGCACCCCCUUA